AUUUUUAAGCUCUUGUAAGCGACAACAAUGAUUUUUGGCUUUACAACAUCGGUCAACACCUGAUAAACAUCAUAUCCAAUACAUGCUGAAAUCACAUAUAAAGCGUAGUAGGCAACCUUGUGGGCAACCAGUAGGCAACCAUUAAAGAAUUUCAUAAUUACAAUUUUCUUAACUUCAAUUUCCACCAUGGGAUUGACAUUUCUUUGUCUCCAGAAAAUGUAUAAAUGCAAGGAAUCUCUAGUCCAUUGCCAGCUCUACGAUUUAUCCUUUUUCCAGUUAUAAUAGCCACCACUUGUUUGUUGCACGCUUUAGAAAUCUGCUAACAAAAGACGCCAUGCGAUCGUCGUAGACGAAGAAGAUAUUCUCAUGACGAAAAGCUUAAGUCGUCGAUAUAAACGGAGCAUAACGAGCUACUUUGUGUAGAAUUAAUUGCUAUUAAAUAAAACAACUCAGUCUCAUGAUGAGUCAAAUACCUAGUUUUAAAAUCAAACAAUAAACCAAAAUAUUACAGCGUUGUUAUUUAUCACGAUAACUUUUCGAUUCCAGCAUUUAAGUUAAGCUCCCGUAAGCGACCAACACCUAUCGUUCAAGUUUUUGACGCCCAGUGGUCGCUUAUGAGAGCAAGCUCUCGUAAGAGACCAGCUCCGUUAGCGACCACAAUUUUCAGUUCCCGAGGUGGUCGCUUACGAGAGCUUCAACUGUAGUACCCUUUGAAUAAGAACCUAGGUUCUAAUAAGCGGGUAAGUACUGUAAUAUAUUCAGCUAGGCGCUUCAGUGGUUUUUACCCAUGCUUACAUGCGGGCUUGUCGCAAAGCCGGUUGACGACGUUCUUUUGUCAAUCGACUGUCAUGUCACACUGUUAGAACAAGUUAGUCAUCAUGCAGACUAACGUGACAAAUGAUAGAGCGAUAUUGUUCAAUCCUUGAGAAUUGGCAGGGGUUACAUAUAUUCCUCGGUGGAUCUGGAAACCUCGACGCAAUCUUGUCUUGUCCGCGUUUAGUAUAAAAGCUAAAGCGAGAAGUUAACCGAAAUUGCUAUAAUUUUGAGUGCAGAUCUCAGCUGAAUCAUCAGUGAUAUUUCUGCCAUGUGAAUACAAGUAGUCCUGGAUUUAUUGGAGUCAGCAGAAUCGAGGGCCGCAGCUCGCAGCGAUGUUAUCGGUCUGGAUCAGUGCUUGGCUUGUAUUCGUGGCUUUGCCUCACUGUCAGUCCUUGGAUUUGUGCAGCACUGACAGCACGACGACUAUCAUCGCACCCUGCAAAUUCACUCCUGGUGACCACACUUACUUGUCCUUGGUAAUCAACAGUAGGGUUUAUUUCGAGACUAGCGCAGGCAAGAGCCGACACAAACUUCAAGUGACGCAAACUUUGGAGAUCCAGGCGAAAGGGGAGCUUGAUGUAGGCUAUAAUCUUGAAGGGUCGGACCUCGGAGCGGGAGCUACUUCCGGCUCGGGUGGUAGCUACGGAGGCAGAGGAGGGACCGGCACUGCAGCCCUUACUUCCGCCCAAGCUGUCCCCUACGGUGAUCCAUUCAAUGUAGGGCUACCGGGGAGCAAGGGGGGAGGAGGCGGUAGUGGUAAGGGUGGAGGGCUGUUAAUAGUGCAAGCGGGAAAGCUGGUUCAUGAAGGUGUGAUAAGGGUUACGGGUCAGAGGGGAAGCGGCGAUGGCGGAGGGGGAAGCGGCGGUGGAAUGAAUGUUAGCUGUCAUGAGAUUGAUGGCGGAGGGAGGAUGGAAGCUGUAGGGGGGCUUGGAGGUAGUGGCCGCGGUGGAGGUGGUAGCGGUGGUCGGAUCUCCGUGUCGUUCAAGCAAGGGGCGUUUCGUGGAAAAAUCUAUGCUCAUGGCGGAAAAACCGCGCGGGAGAUCACAGUUUUGUCUGGAAGUCUCUCAGCAACCAGCGAACUAUAUAUUUAUCCUGUGAGAUACAGUGCGGCCUAUGCAACCCUCGACUACCGAGGACAAGCGGGUGGAUGGAUGCCAAGUACAAGCAGCUCCAGUCAAUAUUUAGAGGUAACAUUGAACACUGCUGCUUACGUCACUGACAUCGCCACGCAGGGUCGAUAUGGCGGUAGUGAAUGGGUGACGUCAUACUAUCUGGAAUACCAGAGCUUUGAGACGCCAACAGGAUACUUCGAAUAUACCGAGAGCGCAGAAAGACAAAUUUUUGCAGGAAACUCUGACAGCAACUCAAUCGUGAAACAUGAGCUGGCGACGCCUGUGUACGCAAGGAGUAUUCGCUUUCGCCCCUUGACCUGGCGAAAUAACAUCGCUAUGAGAGUCCAAGUCUCCGGGUACCCAAAAGAUGUUUCGAGUAAUCCUUCGUGCAAUUAUGUACAACCAAAUGAUGGCUCCCCAGAAACAGGAGGGCCUGGGACGGUUUACAUCAGUGGAUACGAGUCAGGGGCAUUGUCACGUGUUCUGCGCGUAGAUAAUCAAGGCCGGCGCCCAAGGGUAAUCAUCACCACCGACUUUGAAUCCUUCAAACAAACUGGGGGUGUCGCAUGGUUAACAUCGCUAAAGAACCCGUCUGUAAUAGACCGCCUGGAGGUCACAGGAGGGGCACAAGUUAUGCUCACUGGCUCAACAGUUCAGCUGAAUGUCGCACAAGUAACGGACGAUGGCACGGGAUACCUGUAUGUCUCGCCAUACACGCGCCUGCAAGUCAGCAGCGGUCUAUCCCCAUGUACGAAAGUCUUCAAAGGUGGGGAGCUCUUGUUGUCGGGUUCGUCAAAAAUCUUCCUCGAUCGCACGAUCUCCAUAUAUGGUGCUUUUACUCUCGUGAACCGCCCUCUGGUGAGCAUCGGCAGAAACUCGGGUGUUCUCACCAUGUUUCCCGAUUCCUCUCCGAGAGCUUUAGUUUUUGAUAGUCUUGACAUCGAUGGUGAGCUGAGGCUGUUGAAUUACGACGUCACUAACCCGAGUUCGUGUCACUGGAUGUUGGAUCUCGCAAGCAGUAACUUGUCGCUUUCAAGUGGCGCCAAAAUUCUGGUCAGCUGCCCUAUUAACUUGACAGCCAACUCCCUCACUAUGCAGACCAACUCGCAAUUCAACAUUUUCGGUAAUGGAAAAGUGUCGCAUUUCUCCCUCAAUAACUUGGACAUCGAUGGCAUCUUAAGACCUGCAGCGUUGUCGGUAGGAAUAGGCAUCCUAUCGGUCAAUAUUCGUCAGCAUGGUGUGCUAGACUUCGCUCCAUAUGGACCUUUCGGCGCGAAUGCACUCAACGUGGAAGGGACAUUUUCCGUAAAUACGUCUGUACUCAUACAAGGGAGAUUACCAGCGGUCUCUAGCAACAUCACGAUAGGAGCCACUGGAAAGAUGGAGUUAUCUUCGAUCGCGCCUGCGCCAGGCUCUACAUCCGCUUACUUGCUAUUGAAUGGUACUUCGGUAAUCUAUGCACAAAACGUGAACAUCGCGGGCUCAUUGCUUGGAAAAAAGCUGAGCAUUGAUCCAGGCUGGAAGGAGCUUGGUGUACAAGGUGGUACGUUUGUGUUCGACCCAGUCAAUUCCUACUCGUUUGAUAGAGUCGUGCUGAAUGGUUUUUUCACUUCGCUGAGUGCAAUCAACCUGAAAGGUCUUUCUCAGCAAAACAUUCCUCAUUUUAGAGUUGGCUCUCAGGGAAAUGUCGAUGUCUCGUCCAAGUCCCUCACGACUUUAUUAGCAGACAGGGUGACCAUCGAGGGAGUAAUGCGUAUAGGUAACCUUGAUAUAGGAGCUUCAUGGAAUGCUUUAGAUGUAUUUGGCAGCGCGGGGAAGUUCUAUUUUGAGACCAGCCUUCAUCUAAACAUCAAUCAACUUGCAGUCAGCGGCCUCAUUCAAACCAAGUCUUUACUAGGUCCUGCUAACCCAAUAAGAGGCCAAUCCUUCUCAAUAUUAAUUGGUGGAAGGGUCAGUAUCAACUAUCAGGGGGAUCCUAUUGGAAAGGACCAAGGCGCUAUUAACACUACCUUAUUAUAUAAAAGUGUACUUAUCAACGGUAUUCUACAAAGCGGCUCACUAUACAUCGACGCGGAUAGCGUGACUGUGGGAGCCUCGGGCCGAGUCUCUGUCACAGGCGGCGGCUGCGCUAGCGGUGAGGGGCCUGGGGCAGGCACGCUGUCGCCAUCUGGGGGGUCUGGCGCUAGUUAUGGUGGGAGGGGAGGGCGAGGAAGAGGUACGCGUGCUCUGAAAUUACCGUUUGGGGAUAUUUUCACUGUUGGGACGUGGGGUAGCGGGGGCGGAAGUGGAUCUGUGGCCAGCACUGGUGGACGUGGAGGGGGGAGAAUCCAGAUGACGGUGAAGAAUGUUCUGGAAGUGAACGGAGAAAUCGAGACGAACGGAAUGCCAGGCAAGUCGAGCAACGCUGGUGGUGGCAGCGGCGGCUCCCUGUGGGCGGUGGCUCACACCUUCACCGGCACCGGGACCAUCCAGGCGGUAGGGGGUGACGGGCAAGGGGAAGGGGGUGGCGGAGCUGGAGGUCGCAUCACCGUAACCUACACGCGCGGCGGUUACCAUAGCAGCGGUACUGUAGCCAACGGUGGAGUGGGAAGGAGUGGGAGCGAGAAUGGAGGACCGGGUAUCGUGUAUCUGGAGGGGAGAGACCCUGUGGUCAAGAACCUGAGGGUUGACAACAAAGGAUUAAAGCCAAUGGUUUCACAAGACUUUGGGAAUUACGAGCAGUUUAAAGAGACAGGAGCUGUUGCGUACCUCAACUCACCCAGAGACAAUUUCACCUUCGACUUUACCCACAUCGAGGUAUACGGGGGAGCACACCUCUUUUUCCCGCGCUUACACACGCACGUGACCGUCCAUACCAUAUAUGGCGACGACACGGGAUACAUCCACGUGGCGCCCGAUACUACUCUAGAGAUGACGUCAACAUCCGGGUACCAGCGCAUCAAUAUCACGUGGGCGCCGUUUGUUUAUGAGGGUGGUACCCUUGUGCUGCCUAAUGGUACCGUAGAGAUAAGAGAAGCAUUGAGCCUGGAAUACCCGUCCAUCGCCCGUAGCUCACAUGUGUCUGUGUGGGGGAGGGUGCUGGGACAAAGGGCGAGGCUAAUGGUUGGAUAUGGAGCCACCGUUAUCUUUGAGCAAUCAAGUCCACGCAACCUCACAUUUGUCGGCAUCAGCGUGCAGAAGACUGGGCGGCUCGUCUUUCAAAGCACACAGGCAAACCAAUCAGACCAAUGGUUUGUUAGUGUCGUGAAGGAUCAUGGUCCUGUUGGCCGGGAGGGGCUGAUAAAUAUAGAGGCAGGAGGUCGAGUAGAGGCUCGGUCGCUGAGAAUGCAUGCGGAAUCACUGGUCGUGGAUCCUGAUGGUGUAUUGUCUCUUGACGGUAAAGGGUGGCUCGGAGGUGAUGGCGAGGGGGCCGGGUCAGGAUCAGCUGGUGCGUCAGGUGCAGGGUACGGCGGUCGUGGGGGCCAGGGGGCUGCCACGCCCAUUACUGGAUCCCCUUACGGUGACUAUAGAAGCCCCCAAGUAUUUGGAAGCGGUGGGGGCGGCACCGGUGGGAAGGGUGGUGCCGGAGGGGGCCUCCUCAGACUGGACAUCGAGACGGCUCUUGUGGUUGAAGGGACGAUCUCCGUGAGCGGUCAGACAGGCGCAACAAGCGGCUCAGGGGGAGGCAGUGGGGGUAGCAUCAUCAUCCAUACCCGUGCCCUGGAGGGGUCGGGGACCAUUGCUACUAAUGGAGGAAAUGGCAAUGGAGACGGUGGGGGAGGGGGUGGAGGACGGAUGGCAAUCUUCUGGCAAGAUCGCGAGUGGUGGUUUGGCUCCCUGUGUGCCUUUGGAGGCGCGGGAUCUAGGAACGGCGGUGCUGGGACCGUUUAUUUGGAGGAUACCCAGAUUGGUGUGAAAAACCGAACCCUCAUACUUGACAACAACAACAGACAGCCUCAGAAUACAGUUUCGGUAGACUGGGACCGACCGGAAGUGGACAGCGGCAAGUCAUGGCUGCUCCCUAUUGGUGGAAAGUACGAGUUAGAGGAAGUGCACGUGUUGAGGUCCGCCCAGCUUGUGCUCCACCCCAAUAUUACAAGGCCACACAGUCUUCACGUGAACAAGUUCGUCGGUGACCGCUCUGGUGUUUUGCACGUGGGCCCGGAGCAGCUUGUGAUUGGUCAGUUCGCGGAUCACGAGGAGUUUGAAGUGAACGUGUUCGUACACCAUAAAGGACACAUGCAUUUCCCACCGACCUUUGCGUGCUUUGGUAUCCAGAUAACUAACAGAGGGUUCCUUGGUGUAGAUCACGUAACCGUCUCUCGAGGCUGCCGUGUCUACCUAGGCCUCACCGGUACAACAGAGCUAGCCCAGCAAGAGGGCGUUACCAAGUUCCAUUCCCUCACGGUCGCAGACGCAGGUGAGGUCACCUCAGCAUCAGAAGUAGACAACAGCACGCUGAUCUUGCGGAUCGGAAACGUCAGUGUUCAAGGUGGAGGGCUGUUGCACAUGAAGAGCAUGCGCAUUGAAGCUGGGAAUUUAUCAGUGGAGGAUCUUGGGAUCAUUCGAGGAGAUCUCCAUGAUAACAGGUGCAACACUGGCGCGGGAGUUAAAGGCAUCGGUUCGUCUGGCGCGGGACAUGGCGGGAACGGUGGGAGUGGCGUGAAUCAGCCUCUUGUUGGCGUCGCGUACGGUCACGUGUUUGAGCCUGCGCACUUUGGCUGCCGUGGCGGAGGCUCUGGCGGGGGACUGGGCGGUGGUGUCAUAAAUAUUACUGUCCAGGGCACCCUGAGGAUUGAUGGCACCAUUAGUGCUAAUGGCGAGAGUGGCAACACCUUGCACGAUGGGGGUGGUAGUGGGGGAAGUAUAUGGAUUACUACUAGCGUCGUUCAAGGUUAUGGGACUGUUCAGGUGAAUGGUGGACAUGGAUACGUUGAUUCACUCUACAGCGGUACACAGAACAGCGGCGGUGGAGCAGGAGGCCGGGUUGCUAUGUAUUUCAUGAGUAAUCGUACCUUCAGCGGUGUCUUUGAGUCCUUAGGAGGGGAGGGGCGAGGAAGUGCUGUCAGCGGCGGGCCAGGAACUGUAUUUUUCUACCACUUGGUCUACAUGCAUAGAACGCUAUUGCUUAGCAACGCGGGAAGGCCACCCCUUCCGUCAAAUAUGGAGGUUAUCAGUAGCUAUGGCGACAUCUCACGUGACCCAGGCCGUGCAUGGCUUCUACCUUCAUCCGGGGAUCACGCUCUUGCAGGAAACCAGUUUUACCAGUUUGAGGAAGUACAGAUCUACGGUGGCGCUCACCUGGCGGUCCUGACACAGCCUCACAACCAUAGCGCAUCGAUAUUUUUUCGGAACAUGAUCGGUGAUCGUAGCGGUACUGUACAUAUUGGGUACAACCAGACGAUGGAUUUGGUCCGAGAGACUAUCGAUUUGCCAUUCAAUGUCCGAGUCUACCGCGGUGGGUUCCUCGGCCUUGCUCCAGUCACUACGGUACAUGGAGUUGGUAUCCAUGUCGACGGCGUCCUGUCGUAUGUUCGUAACAUCACCCUAUAUCACGACGGGCUCCUCUCACUCAACGAAGACUCGAGGACUGGUAACGAGCUACGGGAAAACGACUUCCGGUUUGACUUUAUCCAGGUCCAAUACAAGGGAGAACUGCGCAUGCUCUCGGACCCGCUGACCCACUCCGGAAUGAACCUUACCGUCCAAGUGCUUCACAUAGAAGGAGGAGGCCUAGUGCGAGGCAGCGAUCUGCGCAUACUCGCACGAAACAUCAGCAUCAACGACGCAGGCUCACUCUCCUUAGACGGAGCAGGAUACAGUACUGCGCACGCGUCAAAGUCCGGAGUCAAUGGACCAGCCAACAAGGGGAUUGGCAAAGGAACUGAACCAGGGGGGUCCGGUGGAGGCCACGGUGGGACGGGUGGUAGGGGAAGAAAUGCUCCUAUUGUUGGUUUAGCGUAUGGUAAUCUGUACGAGCCCACGGAGUUUGGGAGCAGCGGUGGCGGUCCUGUUGGGACACCAGGUAACGGCGGAGGACGUCUUUUCCUGAAUGUCACGUUUCUUCUUGAAAUCGAUGGGAUACUAUCCGCGAAUGGAGCUGAUGGACUUCCUCAGGGGGGUGGAGGAAGUGGCGGAAGUAUCUGGGUGCAUUGCAACAUCAUUAAAGGCUACGGUAGUAUUCGCGCCAACGGAGGGGGGAGCCCUCAAGAAUUCCUAGGACGGCACGGGGGUGCAGGGGCUGGGGGACGAGUUGCUGUGUAUUUUCGAAAGAACGAGACUUUUACUUAUUUCAGCUACCAGUCAUUUGGUGGUAAAUCUGUGGCUGGGUUAGAAAACGUCGAGAGCGGCGGGCCUGGUACAGUGUUUCUCUACCACGUGUUUCACGAUCACCGAACACUCUUGAUUGACAACGAUGGAAGAAAACCGCUGAAUAAGUUCAUAGACUACAGUGCGCUAAAUACAGAAGGAGGGAAAGCUUGGAUUAUGCCGGAAUCGGGAAUCCACCAUUUCGCGGAAACAGGUCACAAGUUUCAUUUCCAAGAACUUCAGAUAUCAGGCAGCGCACAUGUGGCCAUUUGGCCGAAAGCGGCAAAUAUUUCCCAGAAUGUCUCGGUGUUCUUCAAGUAUAUGAUAGGGGACCGGACAGGCAUGGUCCAUAUCGGACACCAGCAAGUGCUCGACCUUCAUCGUCCGGAGAUCGACCUCCCGUUUAGCGUCAACGUAUACAGCGGUGGGCACUGCGGGCUCGCUCCACGGACUGUGAUACAUGGUGUCGAGAUCAUCCUUCGAGGCGUGCUUGCGCAUGUGCAGAACGUCACCAUACAUCAUGGCGGGUUGCUAUGGUUACACCACGGAGGGAGGACGUAUCAAGAGAUAUUACACAGUUAUCGCUUCGACACCGUCAGGGUCCAGGACACCGCGGUUAUCCACUGCGUUACGUCACCACUUAUAGACCCGGGAAUUUUCUUCUACACCCGCGCGGUCGUAAUUGAAGGAGGGGGCCUAGUGCGAGCCUCAAGACUUACAUUUGUUACCGAGAAUAUAACGAUCGAUGACGGAGGGGCAAUGAUUGCAGAUGAGCUCGGUUACAAUUCAUCCCAUGGGUACAGUGGGCGAGGUCUUUAUGGAGACACCAAUCCUGGUCAUGGCAAGGAUUCUAGUUUUGGCGGAUCUGGUGCCGGACACGGUGGGAGUGGGGGACGGGGGAAUAUUAUCAGCGGUUCUCCCUUAACGGGGUUUGCAUACGGGGACUUGUAUGAGCCCGCAUUGUUUGGCAGCGCCGGCGGCAAGGGCUACGAUAAUUCCCUCGGGGGUAAUGGUGGGGGGAUGUUGUGGAUGAACGUGACGAAUGUCAUUGAUAUUGACGGGCUGGUUUCGGCUAAUGGCGGCACGGGAGGGGAGGGUAGUGGCGGUGGUAGCGGCGGCAGUAUUUGGAUGUAUUGUAAAACAAUCAAAGGCUAUGGAAAGAUUUCCGCUAAUGGAGGGGACGGAUCAAUGUCUUCCUCCCGACCCGGAGGGGGUGGGGCAGGAGGCAGGAUUGCUAUCUACUUUCAGGACAACCGAACUUCGACGUACUUCACCUACGAGGCUAGAGGUGGUGCGGCACUCGGGUGCAAGGGGGAAGAGCAUUUGUGCAAAGCAGAAGUAGGGGGUCCAGGUACCGUUUUCCUGUUCCACAUGGUACACACCCAUCGAACUCUUCUGAUUGACAAUGGUGGACAGAAGCCAUUAGUGUCGGCUAUUAACAGCUACCGUGACCUGUCACGUGAUGGAGGUAAGGCGUGGCUGCUACCGGAGUCAUCGACACAUCACUUCGCCCAGGGCCAAGGUGACUUCCACUUUGAAGAGUUGCAGAUCUAUGGAGGAGGACACUUGGCGGUGCUUACAGACCCUGUGGGUACCAACGCCACGUUGUAUUUCAACUACAUGAUUGGGGAUCGCACUGGGACACUGCACGUCUCGGAAAACCAGGUGAUGGACCUCCACAGACCGGAGAUCGAUCUCCCUUUCAGCGUCCAUGUGUACGAGGGAGGGUACCUCGGACUGGCACCUUAUACGGAGGUACACGGGGUCACUAUAUUCUUGACGGGGACUGUGGCACAUAUACAAAAUAUGACCCUCCACCACGGAGGGACCUUCUGGGUCAAUGACCGCGGUAGGACAGACCCCCACCCUAAUAACAGCCUGUGGUUCGACACCGUACGUGUGCAGGAUAACGGUAUCGUUCAAGCACUGACUUCGCCUGUCCAUCACCACGGAGUCAUCUUCACUUUAAGAUCACUCUUCAUUGAAGGCGGGGGCCUGUUUCAAGGCACUCGGGUUACGAUACUUGCCGAGAACAUUACGAUUGAUGACGGGGGCCGAAUGGCUUCGGACGGACUCGGCUACAACUCGAGUCACCCGAGUGGUUCAGGCUCUCGCCAUGGAGUGGUUAACCCAGGAGUAGGGUACCCCUCCUCGGAGGGUUCCUCGGGGGGUGGGCACGGGGGCAGGAGCGGUCGUGGAGCAGGAGAAGUUAGGAUCGGAACAGCGUAUGGGGAUUUGUACGAGCCCGUGAGAUUUGGAAGCAGCGGUGGCGGCGUGACGUCAGGCGCUGGAGGCGGAGUUAUCUGGUUCAACGUCACUAAUGUUAUACAGAUCGAUGGAGAGGUAUCUGCGAAUGGUGCGGCAGCAAAGGACGCCCCGAGCGGUGGAGGAAGCGGGGGCAGCAUCUGGAUGCACUGUUACACCGUCAAAGGGACAGGAAACAUCACCACUCAUGGUGGCAGCGGCGGGAUGUCGGCGGGCGGUGGAGCGGGAGGAAGAAUCGCUGUGUAUUUCACCGUAAAUAACACCUUUACUGGGCGGUUCCUCGCACGUGGUGGGGCCCGGGGUGGCUCGGCAAAUACCGAGGCGGGUGGCCCGGGUACGGCGUUUAUUUAUCACAUGAUGCAUACUCACAGGACGCUGAUUAUUGACAACGGAGGACAGCAUCCGCUUCGUACUCGAAUUGGAGAUUAUUCCGAUUUGUCGCGUGACGGCUGCAGGGCCUGGGUCCUUCCCGAGUCAGGUCGCCACCAGUUUGCCUCGUCUGUACAUGCAUUUGAGUUUGAAGAGCUGCAGAUAUCCGGGGGCGCUCACUUUGCCAUCCAAACAGAGCCCGUUGACCGUAAUGUAACGCUGUACUUCAAAUACAUGAUUGGAGAUAGGACGGGAUUCGUCCAUAUCGGAAAUAAUCAGGUUCUGGACUUGCAUCGUCACUUCUUGGACAUACCAUUCAGCGCUCAUGUGUACAGGGGUGGUUACCUUGGUCUGGCACCAAUAUCUGAGAUCAACCAAGUUCAGGUCCACGUGGAAGGAACACUUGAUCACAUAACAAAUCUGACGCUCCUUAACAGUGGGAUAUUGCACUGCUACCUAACCGGUCAUACCGGUUCUGAUACAAACAGGAAGUUCGCAUUCAACGAGACUUUGCGCAUCAUGGCGGACUCCAAGAUCCAAACGCAUAGCUCUAACGCGCAUAAAGCCGCAUUCACACUCCAAGCAAAGAUUCUCCUCGUGGAAGGUGGCGCAAAAAUUGACACAUUCAACAUGAGAUUGGCAGCUGUCAAUCUAACUGUUGACGACGGGGGGCUAAUCGACGCCAGCGAUGGUGGUUAUUUACCGGGCAGCGGUCCUGGCAAUGUUAGCACAUACACUUGGAAGCGUAGCGGCGCGGGACAUGGCGGGACUGGAGGGCGUGGCGCCUGCGAUAGUUCAGCGGCGAUCACGACUUGUCGUCUGCGUAAGGGGUUGCCGUACGGGAAUUUGUACCUGCCGACAGACUUUGGAAGCGGCGGAGAUGGUCCGAACGGCGGCAAAGGAGGAGGAGUGUUGUACUUUGACGUCACUGAUACAUUACAGGUUGAUGGUUACAUAGCAGCUAACAGUCGUGACGUCACUUCCGCUAAUGGUGGCGGCAGCGGAGGAAGCAUAUUGAUCUACACCCAGGCCCUCUCGGGCGGACACACUGGAGCAAUCCAGGCCCUAGGGGGGACGGGUCAGGCAAGAUCUGGCGGGGGCUCUGGAGGCCGUAUUGCUGCCUAUUACUACAACAAGAUUACACACCACCCCUACCGGGGUAGUUUUGACGUCUACGGGGGGUCCGGAGUCUCAGGAGCUGAGGCAGGGGCGUCCGGUACAGUUUACCUGAAGCAUGCUGGGAACGGUCACUCAAUUCUGAAAGUCAAUAACAACAACCAAAAAUCUUCCAUGGAUGAAAUCCCUAACUCUGGUUACCGAUUGGAGCUUUCUGGCGGGAAUCUUGAUCGAGGAUUGCGUUACACGGCGCCGAAUGGCGUGACUGUCACGUCGAGCUGUGGAUUGGCACCUUGUUCUAUAUGCUACUCGUGUUAUAUGUUUGCGCUUGCGCACUUGUUCGAUCAGACCUACUGGACUGAUGGUUGUCAUUUCUUCCUCGCUGGCUGCUCGUCGACUCAACUGGUGAUAUCUUUACCGAAGGUGGAGUUUGUGAACCACGUGAGAGUCUACCCGAUAUGCUCUCAUGUCACGGACUUCCAGGUGACGUCAAGCGAUGGCGUGUCCAGUCUCCCUGUCACUAGUAACUACGUGUUGCUACGAAACGGCUGCAUCCAGGGGUCGUAUGUUGAUCUUCCCGUCCGUCGGAACGUGGCUUCAUUUACGUUUAGUCUCCGCGCUCUCAGCACGUAUGCAGGGCUUGGCGAGAUUGAGAUAUUCAUAGAGGGGAGAGUUCGGCAUGAAAGGUACAUCUAUCGGCAAUUCCAGAGCGCAAGGACCUGGAUCGAGCCAUCCGCUUCAACCAAUACCUAUGACUUUGAUGAGAUUCAUCUCUAUGGCAACGCUGAACUUGCUGUUCAUCCGGGACCUAACAUCACCACCCCAGUCUCCUUGCGGGCUGGUCGAGUGUAUGGAGAUAAGACUGGGUUCCUGCACGUUGGCUACCGCCAGUCCUUCGCGAUAGAAGUCACAGAUCCCGAUAUCCCUUUCGGGCUGCGGGUCUAUGAGAACGGGAGUGUGGCGUUGCCACACAGGGCUUUUCUUCAGCGAGUCAGCUUCAAGACGUCAGGAAAAAUAUCCGGGAUACGAGAUCUGUUCGUGUUCGAUGGCGGCUCAUUCUAUGCAGACUCAAACUCGAGCCUUGGUGACGUUACAAUGCCCGGCGAGUAUGACGUCACUUCUCUUCACGUUCAGGAUCAGGGCACAUUCGAACUGUUCUCAUCGCACAAGAGGCUGCGCUCAACGCUCAGGAGUACUAAUGUCACGAUCUACGGCGGUGGCCAUUUUAAGUCAAACAACCGACUGACCAUCGCGACUUCGCACCUUCUGGCCGUGUACUCAGGCGGGAGACUAAGUCACAAUCACGCAGGCUACAUCACCAAGGAGGGGAGGACUGGGAAUGAGUACGAACCUUCUGAGGGCCCCGGUCAGGGGACUGGACACGUGUCCGGUGCUAGUGGCGCGGGGCAUGCUGGUACUGGUGGCCAGGGGUAUGGGACGAGCCGUACUGGUCAGUUCUAUGGGUCUGUGUACGCACCAAAGGAUUAUGGGAGCGCUGGAGGAUAUGGACAACACUAUGGGAUGCUGUAUUACGGGGAUUAUCGCACAAGCAGCACUUCCCCGUCCGGUAACUCUAUCUCGCGUGGCGGUCUAGGCGGACAAGGGGGCGGUGCAUUAAAGAUUGACACACGUCAUUUCGUUCUUGAUGGACAGCUGACAGCUGAUGGGGAGGCGGGGCCUCCUUCUAGCACUGCAGGAGGGGGAAGCGGCGGUUCCAUCUGGAUCAACUGCCAGGACAUGAGCGGAUACGGGAGGGUGUCAGUUGAUGGUGGAAAGGGGUCACCAAAGGGGGGCGGUGGUGCAGGAGGCAGGGUGGCGCUCUACCACACCUUCAUGAUGAACUUCAACGGGACGAUCUCCGCCAGUGGUGGGGAUAGUGAUGUGGAGGCUGGAGCGGGGGGUACGGUCUACCUCGAGCGGCGGAAUGGGAGCACAGUCGAGUAUCGAGGACUCAUGGUUAGUAACCUGGGCCGCUCCUACCCCUGGUCUGACGAGAAGCGCGUGAAAAGGUUGAGACAUUUGAUGCAUGGCGUGUACAGCGAUACAAGAUACAUCGGUGGCGUCACAUGGUUAAAUGACCUCACAAACUAUACCCUUGAUGACUUCUUUCUCCAUGGUAACGCACACGUUGCCUUAUAUGGCAAUGGCUCCCGAGUUCCAAUCUCUCUUUACGCUGCUAGACUAGUUGGUGAUCGCACAGGGGUAUUCCAUGUGGGUCGGUACCAGUCCGUCGGGUUUGACAACGUGGACUUGUAUUUCCCUAUCAACACACUGGUGUAUAAUAAUGGUGAUUUGCAAGUGCCAAGAAGGCUUUCCCUCAGGGAAGUAUACAUGGAGAUAAACGGGACAUUACAUCAUUCCGUCGACUACACCAUCGACAGGAAUGGACGUCUGCUUCUGUGGUCAGCGGGACGGUCCUUAAACGAAGAGCAAGGGCACUUCCGUUUUAUCAACAUCUCUAUCCGGUCCCUUGGAAGAUUGGUGUCUACAGCUCUGUCGCCUGGCAAUCAGUCACGUGUCACGCUUCAUGUAAAGCGGUUAAUUGUGAAUGGCGGAGGAGGACUGGACGCGAAUAAUUUGAAUAUUAUGGCCCAAAAUCUUACAGUGGAUGUUGCAGGUGAAAUAUCCGCGGACUCUCGGGGAUUUGGUCCCGGGCAAGGUCCGGGUGGUGGAGCUUCCUCUACGGCAUUCAACACGGAAUCCGGUGGCGGUGCUUAUGGUGGGCGUGGUGGACGCGGGAUCUACGGCUUAGCCACUUCCCCCGCCUACGGCACGAUAUAUUUGCCUGAGGAGUACGGUAGCGGCGGUGGGAGCAGUGGAAAGAGUUCCGGAGGAAGUGGCGGGGGAUGCUUGAUAUUUGACGUCAGUGAGAUGCUGAGACUGGAAGGGGAGGUGCACGCGAAUGGUGAAAGCUCCCCGGCAGGGGGAGGGGCAGGUGGAAGUGUCAUUAUCCGAACGAAGAAGUUUGACGGGGAGGGGAGGAUAGCGGUGAACGGCGGUUUGAGCACGAGCAGAGGUGGGGGAGGGGGAGGGGGUAGGAUCGCUGCGUAUUAUUCAGGGGAGUACACUUUUAUCGGAUCGUAUGAAGCAUUCGGUGGAUCCAGCUCGUCUGAAAGCGGCGGCGCGGGAACCGUGUUUAUAGAAAAUAGGAAGAACGCUUCACAGCCCUACAGAACUCUUAAGAUCAAUAACGGUCAACCGAGAACACAGAGACCUUCAAUCAAGGAGAACCACGAGGUCAGCCUCGCUGGAAACCCUUAUGGAAAUCCUUACUACUCCAAACUCUACCACUCCCCCAUGGGAAUAAUUCUUAGCACCACAGGGGUACCGUACUGUCGGAUAGUCAGCACGCGGCAUCCUAAUCUCUGCUCCAGCGGUUACGGCUCGCUGGCUCAUCUAUUCCAAACAACGUCUGAUUUCUACCACACGGAAGACGCCAGCCCGGUUAUCACCUACUCGUUUCCGUUCCCUCUCUUCCUGGACUACCUGCUGGUGUACCCGUCGUGUUCCGUGGAUCACGUGACCCAGCACUUUGUGAGGGCGUACCUUCAGAAUGCUGUGACCGUUGCAUCACGUGACUGGGUGAACACCGCGAAUUGUCUGCAAGGUCAGCCGGAAAGGUUUGAGGUUCGACGAUUUACAGACAAGGUAACAAUCAGCCUUCGGAAACAAUCGACGUUUUCCUCUUUGGCGCAAGUAAGAAUUUUUAUUGGAGAAGACCCGACGUCCAGUCGGCAGCCUUCGUAUCGUGUCCAAGCCCCGGCCACGACAUGGAUACUAAAACAGCACGAGAGCCUCUCUGAGUUCAUCUUUGAUGAGCUUUAUAUUGGUGGAGGAGGGAGCCUCGGGCUGAGUGGCGAUAACCUGCGACUACACGCCUCCAAGGUCAGCGGCGAUGCAAACGGAUGGCUCACAUUACGUCAGAGCCAGAACGUAACAAUGACUUCAUCACAUGAACCGCUUCCUUUUUCGUUGCUAUCUCAACCGGGGACGAUGUCUGGGCUUCCUGUUAUACUCUCCUGUCGUGGAGUGGACUUAGUACUGAAAGGGCGCAUGCGCAGUUUGCAGAAUCUAACUGUCGGACCAGACUGCCACGUGACUUAUCGAAACUCUACUGAAACAAGAUUCUCUUUGGAUCACGUGACAGUGCAGACGAAUGGCUUCUUAUCGGUAGAGAGAGAGGAUCCGCUCACCGUUGAGUUUCGCGGCAAAACAUUUGACAUACGCGGAGGCGGCCGGGUCCAAGCCAACAGUCUUACUCUAGACUACAAGAACAUUACCGUGGAGCCUUUCGCCGAACUGUCUUUUGACGCCCUAGCCCCGUCACGCAAUACUCGCUUCCAUGGUGACGGAUAUGGUCACGCAACAGGCUCCUCAGGAGCCGGACACGGGGGUCACGGAGGACAAGGCAACGGCCAAUCACGCGUCGGCGUCUCAUACGGGAACUAUAGAAUCCCCAAUAACACCGGAAGUACCGGUGGCUCGGAAGUAUUUCCCUUUACUGGGGGAAGAGGUGGGGGGAGACUGCAAAUUCUUGCUCACGAUACUCUUACAGUUGAUGGGACAAUCUCAUCCCGUGGAGGUAAUGGUCAGGCUACACGAAGUGGUGGAGGAAGCGGGGGUAGCAUCCUGAUCUACACCUCCCGUAUCCAUGGUGAUGGCGACAUAGACGCAUCCGGGGGGUCAGGCGACAUGUCGACAGGAUACUAUGGGGGUGGUGGUGGGGCAGGGAGAAUUGCUUUGUAUUAUCGCGAGAACCAUUUUCUGGGCAAGUUCCUGGCUGCUGGUGGGGCAAGCUCGUACGAGCCCGGGGGCCCUGGGACCAUCUUCCUGGACGAUGUGCCUGGUAAUAACGCCACGUAUGGUCAUGAUCGCAUGGAUGACGCGGCCCACGCUGAUAGGCUUCUGCAGAUUGAGAAUGAACCAAUCAAUGGCUCCAAAUGGGUACAGAACCGAACAUUAUACAUCAAUGCGCUGGGACGUGUACCCCGGGACCCCAGGACCAAUCUAAGCCGUUCGUACCCAGACUUCUCGUACUAUGGCUCGGCCCGUGUCUGGCUCACUCUGGAUGAGAGAGAACUGGGGGCUAAUGAGAGUGACGUGGAACUUGAAGAGAUCCAUCUGUACGGCGGAGCGCAGCUGGCAUUUAUCAAACCACAGGCUACCCGCAACUCUAUUUCCAUCAUUAUUGGUCGAAUGGAGGGCGACAGGAGCGGCAAGCUACAUCUUGGCUUCAACCAGACAUUCCUCUCCCUGCGCUCCCACCUCCCCAUGGAUAUGGUGAUAUAUCAGGGGGGGCUCACCACCAUGCAGGGCGAGCUGCGCGUCGCCGGGGUAACGGUGGAAGUGGAUGGCGUACUGCGCAAGUGCGAAAAUAUUACUGUUGUGGACGGGGGUGCGAUACACAUGAAGGAGAUGUACAACACGCAUGGGCAGUCCACAAGGGUUUUCUUUUACAAGUCUAUAAACAUCCGCAACCGUGGUGUCAUGACAGUAGCCAAUCAGGAGCGAGUGAGAGAAUUUCGUGGUGACUAUAUUCACGUGUUUGGCGGUGGCAAGUUGUCAGCGGUUAACCUCCACGUGCAUGCGCAUAACAUGACGGUAGACGCUUUGGCGCUUGUUGAGGUGUCGCUGAAAGAACAAAGCUUUGAGUAUAAAGGAAAAGGUCCCGGACCAGACUUCCCCGCGCCAGGCACUGCCGGUGGGGGAGGGGGAGGACACGGCGGGCGUGGAGGCAGGGCCGCAAUGUUCCCCGGGACUGGUGCAUCGUAUGGUUCAUUCACUGAGCCGCUAGAGUUCGGAAGCAGCGGUGGUACCGGUCAAAGCGGUUCCCCUGGGGGGAAGGGUGGCGGCGUGUUAGUGCUCAACAUUACCCACACGCUCGAGAUCGAGGGAUACAUACAAGCCAACGGUCAGGACGGUGCCACAUACGCAGGGGGUGGUAGUGGGGGGAGUGUGUUCAUACGAACUGAUGGUCUGGAAGGCAGCGGAACUAUACAGGCGGAUGGUGGAAACGGUUACAAUCAUCCAACCCGUGGGGGUGGUGGAGGGUCAGGUGGGCGUAUCGCCGUGUACUAUGGGCGUGGUUAUUACGACGGCAGCCUGCAAGCCUCUGGGGGGUACGGUCACAGCGAGUUCGGCGCAGCUGGGACGGUGUUUGUACAGAAAGGCAACGACACAUCACACGAGAGGACAUUGAGUGUUGAUAACCGGAAGCGAUCGCCUUCAACGGCACGAAUUAACCAGGUACAAAAGCUUGACCUAUCAGGAGGCACAGGGAGCCCACAAAAGUAUACAAGUAUCAGCGGCUUGCAGUUCACGUCAUCUCAGCCGAGUAACGGAUUACAGUAUCUGGUCAGCGGGAAUAUUGAAGAAGUCUUCAUCGCCGACCCUACCAAUACCGUGCGGGUUACCUGUGUGCUACCUAGCCCGCUGUAUAUUCAUCACAUCCGAAUAUUUCCGUAUUGCAGGAAUGGCUUCCGUAUUUCCUACACCCUCUCGGCGGAUCUCCAUGUUGGUGGCGCCCACAAUACACCCCAGCGGUCGUUCUCUGGCUGCUAUGACACUGGAUUCUACGAAGACAUCGCGAUGUCCAAUACAAUAACUAGCUUUACUCUUGAGCUGACGCGUCUUGAGACUCAGGUUGCUCUAAGAGAGAUCGAGGUGUACAUAGGAAUGGACAGCACUCCAUCAUUUGCGGAGAAGAGUUUGUCUUACGACGCAUCUCGCACCUGGCUUGUUUUCAACGAGCCGAAGCCAAGUGUUGUAGAGCUCGACACCCUCGAUAUUCGCGCCGAUGCACACUUGGGUCUACAGUCCGAUGGGUCAGCGGUAAGCCUACACGUGCGCAAGUACAUGGGUGACUUUACUGGUACUCUCCAUGUGGGACGUAAACAACUGGUGAACAUGACGUCAUGCACAGACGCAGUUAUACCGUUCAGCCUUCGAGCUUACGAGAAUUCCGUGGUUGCGCUACCACCCCAGCUCCAGCUCCAGAAGUCGUCAGUUUACCUUGAAUCCGAGGUGCUUGGACUACAAGAACUCGUCAUCUCAUUCAACAGCACGCUGGACAUGACACCACAGGCUCAUGUCAACUCGGACAAUCACGGCGAUGUCGUCCUCGACAGUUUGACGAUACUGAACGGAGGCUCGUUUCACCAGUCAGCGGAUUCACCCAGUGCACUGAGAAUGAAUCUUACUGGUGAUCUCAGAAUCAAUGCCGGCGCUGUCAUGAAUGUCAGUAUCUUGAAUCUCACGGCUGACAACGUAUACAACGACGUAUCCGCUGUGCUAACCGCGGGCGCAAGAGCUUACCCAUCAGGUGGCGGCCGUGAACCAGGCGUGACGUCACCAGUCAGUGCUUCCGGCGCGGGGCAUGGAGGAGCAGGGGGGAGGGGCGGGGAGCAGUCGCGGGUUGGUCGGGCAUAUGGCCAAUUUGAAGCGCCCACAGAUCCGGGCAGUGGCGGUGGAAGUGGUUACCAAGACAGGCCUGGAAGCGCUGGUGGUGGUGUGAUUCAAAUCACGGCUAAAGGACUGGUGCAAAAUGAUGGCUUGAUUGACGUGUCCGCCGCGCCCGCGAUUCAUCCGGGGACAGGCGGCGGCAGCGGUGGCAGUAUCCUAAUAAGGUGCAACUUGUUCUCUGGAAAAGGUCACGUGAUAGCUACAGGAGGCGCAGCAACUGCUGCAGUGAACACAAGCGACGGAGGGGGAGGUGGUGGGGGUCAGAUUGCCAUUCAUUACCAGUCUUCCCGAUUCAGCGGUGUUUUCAAGACACAUGGCGGGCUCAGUCGCAGCGAGCCGGGAGGCCCUGGGCCGGUCUACCUGGCAUGCAAUCGUACAGACCGGACACUUAUUGUGGACAACAACGGUUACCGGACGGCCAGGCUAUAUAUAGAAGACUACAGGGACAUAUCACGUGACGGCGGAAGGGCGUGGCUCUAUGUGGAGUACGCCAAGGUGUUCGUGGUCGAGAAGAUGAUAAUCAAGGGGGGAGGCCACGUUGCGUUACGUCACGCUGGCAACUGCGCAUGUGUAUCAUGUGACUGCUCCAUCACGCUAGUAGUCGAACGCCUCGAGGGUGACAUGGGCGGGAUGCUACACGUGGGAAUUGGUCAGCGGUUUAUCAUAAAAUCCGCCUCGACUCAGUUCCCCUCAAGUUUCCGUGUGUAUGAAGACGGCUUUCUGCACGUGCCUCGGGCCUUGUUGUUGAAGGAUUUGUACUACCCGCGUAUAACCAUAGAGGGGACGCUAAGUGGGCUUACUGCGCUGGAUAUAGGGAAAGGAACAGAACUUGUCAUUACUGAAAAGGGACGUUCUCAUGGAUACAGCAACAUGACCCUCCACAUGGCGUCACUGACCGUUAUGAACGGCGCUAUCUUGAGGGCCUCGGGACUAGUCUCCAGUUCCCCUACUCUUACACUGAACGUCAGUGAAAAGUUCACGGUAUCUGCCGGCGGGACGGUCAGCGCCAAGUGGCUCCUAGUGACUGCUGACACCGUGAUCGUAGAGUCUUCGGGUCUGAUAUCCACAGAUGGAAUGGGGCACGGUAUAAGGACCGGACCAGGGUCAAGCUCAGAUUCUGCUGGAGCGGGUCACGGUGGCCGCGGGGGAACUGGUACUACCCACUCUUCGCCAGGCUUUGCAUACGACUCAGUGGAGGUGCCUCUAGAGCAAGGCAGUGGCAGUCUAUCCGCGACGGGGGGAGGGGUGGUGCAGCUGUUCUCCCGUACCUCCCUAACUCUCGACGGAACUCUGACCUCAAGUGGGGGACCGAGUAACACCAACCGCACAGGGGGAGGCAGCGGAGGAAGUAUUUGGCUGAGAUGCUCCACCCUGACUGGCAGUGGGCUGGUACGGGCAUCCGGGGGGUCAGGUCUCAACUACGGAGGGGGAGGAGGAGGAGGAAGAGUCUCUGUUAAUUUUGACAAUAGCUCGUUUAGUGGCUCCCUUCAGGCGUAUGGUGGAGACAGCCGCUACGAGGCUGGAGGUGCUGGUACAGUCUUUGUUAGCGAUGUCUUCAACAACAAACGAAAACUGAUCGUUGACAACAAUAACAUCGGUAGUCCUAUAACAGACGAUAUUAAUGACGUCAUCAAUGAUGGUGGACGGACGUGGAUCACUCCGAAGACUGGCACUAGUUCAAUCGCCUACGACGAGGUCACAAUCCGCGGAAAGGCGCAAUUAGCUACACAGACCACCCCUGAUGGGGCAUCUCUGCGCUGGGACAUCGGAGACUUCAGUGGGGACUUAUCCGGGAUAUUGCACAUCCGGGGUAGUCAGAGUCUAAAGAUGAUCUCGUUAGGAUCUAAACUUCCAGUUGGUGUUAAUAUAUAUCGGAGAGGAGACGUCACGUUUCCGAGGAAACUGGUGAUUGACGGCACAAAGAUGAUCGCCGCCGGGGGUGUAAGUGGAGCUCGUGAUGUCAUCGUUGGAAAUAACGGCAGACUCAUCUUGAGGGAGCUGAUCUCGCCGUCUGGUGAGCGAACUCGCUUUAUCAGAUUCGGUUCCGUUCAGAUCCAGGGAGGAGGGCGGAUAGAGAUACAGAGCGACACAGAUGGGCUUGUGAUUAGCUGUACGUCACUAUGGAUACGUAGCGGAGGGGUGCUUUCUGCUGACCGGCUAACAUUGGAGGCUCAGAACGUCACAAUAGAGCAGUCAGGAGUCAUCAAUUUGGAUUUCAAGGGUGGAAAAAAUGGGAGCGGCCCUGGUGCUGGCCACACCCAUGAUGAUGGUUCCUCAGGAGCGGGGCAUGGUGGUAGGGGAGGCAGAGGGAAGCAGCAGUCGCUGACAGGUGGUUUCUAUGGCAGUCUUGCUCGCCCUCAAAUGUUUGGUAGCACCGGAGGAGGAGGAGGCAAUCAAGGGGGUGGCGUGAUCCACAUCAACGCCUCUCUCAUCACCCUAGAUGGUAUCAUCACAGCGUCAGGAGGCGGAGGCAGCGGUACAGCUGGAGGGGGAAGUGGCGGCAGUGUGCUGAUAGACACUUGGGUGAUAGAGGGAGCAGGAGAGGUACAUGCCGAUGGGGGCAGCGGGGGCAGUCAAGGAGGAGGCGGUGGGAGUGGCGGCCGGAUUGCAAUUCACUUCCGGAUGGACCAUUACACUGGUGUAUUUACUGCGUAUGGUGGCGACUCUGCUGUGGAAGCCGGCGCGGCAGGAACAAUCUACAAGCAAGACCUCAACGCGGCCAAAACUUUCCUUGAAGUUUUCAAUCGUGGACGCAGACCAGCAACAUUGAAAAUCGAAGACUACGCAAAUCUGCGGUCUGACAGCGCGCGUACUUGGCUGAUCGCGGCUUCCAAUGACAAUAAAGAGGUCACUUUGAAGGAUGUGGAAUUGAAUAAGACUUUGUAUGGAGGUUUUAGGUUUGAUGAGGUGAGACUUGGCGGAGGAGCUCACCUUGCUAUAGAACCUGACUCAAGACUGCGUGUUCACUUCUUUAACAAACUCACUGGCACUUUUGAAAAGAACAGCUACGGAUUUAUACACUCGGGGCCACAGCAGUUGAUAUCUAUAGCAGAAACAGACUAUUAUCUCCCUGUCAAUCUUAAGAUAUACUCCGGUGCGUUCUUGUCGCUGCCGCCACGCGUAAUGCUCCACAAAAAUUCGUUAUCUUUAGACGGGUAUUUACUUGGCGUACAAGAUCUCACUGUGUCUGACUGUCUCGUUGAGUUUGGUCAGACAGCAGGGGCGCUGACGACAGGGAUACGAAAACAACUUGACUUUGAAUUUCAAAAGAUCACACUCCUGGACCUUGGGAUAUUGCGUAUGACUAGUGCAUUUGACGGAUACACACUCCGAACAAAAGAACUGGAGCUGCAGUCCGGUGGGAUACUUGUUGCAAGCAAUGUUACAAUACUGUCCGAAAAUGUCUAUGUCCGGGAAUCGAGCCACUUAUCAUUGGACGGACAAGGCAAGCCUUGUCUUCCAUCAAAUUUUUCCGACGCCGGAUCCGGUGGAAGUCAUGGCGGGACGUUUGACUGGGUCUUGAAUAUGCAGCCUUGGAGCUAUUCUACAUUGUACAAACCAGUUUUAUAUGGCGAACCAGGCAAUCCGGGGCUAUUUUCUGCACGUUGCAAUGGUGGAUCCGGGGGAGGCAGGUUGAAUCUGACUGUAAGAGAUACUCUUCAGAUAGACGGCGUUAUUUCGGCUAUGGGCGGUAACUCGUCGGACGGUAUAAGUGGAGGAGGAUCAGGAGGAAGCUUGUUCAUCAACGCGUCCAUCAUCCAGGGUACAGGGACGUUAGACGUGCAAGGUGGAAGAGGAGGAGCCAUUUCCGGUGGAGGCGGGGGUGGAGGAAUCGUCUCCAUUUACUUCCGGUCAUCGAGUCACGUGCUAACCAAAACUUUGCAUGGAGGAAAGGGAAAGCGGAACGGUGCAUCGGGACUAUUUUACCAACACAUCUACAAAUCCAAAGCUGACAUAACGAAGCUGGUAGUCGAUAAUGCUGGGAUGUAUGCCGAAAACGCGUUCACUGUUUUGGUCUGUGAUAGAAAUACUAUCGAUUAUAUCUUUGAUGAGGUUCAGCUUUCGGGCUCCGCAGUGUUACAUAUGCGGCGUGAGCCUGGGACACCAAUGACCAUGCUUGCAAAAACAGUCUCAGGUGAUAGAUCAUCGACGCUUGUCAUACAGAAGGACCAUGACGCCUCUAUUGGUGUAAUAGGUGCCGUCUUGCCGAGUCUACUGCUGCCAUUUAGCAUCAACAUUACAAAUGGAGGCGCAAUUUCUCUCCCAGAAAAGCUGGUCGUGAGCGCUGGAACCAACCUGACCAUUACUGGAAGUCUGGUGGGCGUCAAAGAGAUUAUUGUGGAUUCCGGUGGAAAGCUGUUGAUGGGGUAUCCAGGACAUUCAGGUUACAGGCUGACACCAAGCGAUGGAACUUCUGUUGUCUCACUUCAGAAAUUCCGCGUCAAACGUGAUGGUAUUGUAAAAAGUUUAACACCAGGAAAAGUCAAACUUAACGUCAAUGAGUUGGUGCAAGAUUUCGGAUCAUCGUUUGAUAGUGCUGGAAUUCCAGUUUCGGCCACGCACAACAACAUCCGACAAAAGGGUCCAUCCCUCGGACGCAAGUAUUGUCCCCAUGGUUAUGAAACAAUAGCGUUGGCUUCACCGACACUUUAUAAUCCAUGUGGUACAGGUCGGCAUAUGUGGUGGAAGAGCAAUGUGUCCUACGUUGUAGAACUCAACGUUUCAAAGACAAUUUACGAAGACGUAUGGGAAGGGGGCGUACAUUCUAUCAAGAGCAGGGAGGUGUACCACAUCGUGCACGAAACCAGAUACAACGUUACCUACCUUAUCGGAUGCGAUUAUACAAACUUCGUCCUACUUCCUGGGCAAACGUGUACUUUUAGGCCAGGAAAUUACUCCUAUGGGACACUGGACAUUCUUGGAGAUUCUAAAAUGCUAAUCGAGGCUUCAAACUCCCGGAAUUUUGUGACGUUUAUUUCAGCGGAUCGAAUGAAUAUCAACGCCGGUGGUGCUAUAAGUGCUUUGACAUCUUUAUUUGAUAAUCCGGUUCCCGUUCAGGGUAGUGAUGGAGGAAGUUUUGGUGGUCUAGGCGGAAGUGACAAAAACAUGAAAUCGCUUUACGGAUCUGUUUCACAUCCGGUAUCAUAUGGAAGUAUUGGAGGUGGCGAUUCAAGUCUUCGCGGGGAAGGUGGGGGUGUCGUUGCUUUGCUCUCAAAAGACUUGACUGUCGAUGGAAGUGUUACUGCUGAUGGCGGAGCUGGAAGUGGCGGUGGUGGCGCUGGAAGUGGAGGAAGUGUCUACGUCCAGACAACUUCUCUAAGCGGAAGUGGGCGUAUAAGUGCUCGUGGUGGUGAUGCCGGGGGCAUAGGGGGAGGCGGUGGUGGCGGACGUGUCGGUAUUAUGGUAACAACUAAUGAGUUCAAAGGAUCCUUCGACGUUAAUGGCGGAAACGAAAAUGGCGGAAUCGCAGGGACAACAGGGACAGUUUUUGUCAGAGAAGGCACCGAAAAUCGAAGUGUAUUGAUCGUUAAUGGAAAUACUCGUAGCGUUCUCCCAAUCUCUCUCAGCACUUAUACCUUCGAUGAACUGAGAAUAUCUGGAGAGUUCAACACAGCAGGGCAGAACGUAACCAUAAGCACUUUACGGGAUGAAACGAACGGGAAGAUCAUUGUUGCCCCAUACAGUCUGAUGCUGAUAAAAACAAUAAGCAGUGUAACAGGUGAAUUAAAAUCUGACAUAGAGGUCCAAAAGAAAGGGGUCCUGAAGAUCCCGAGUAAAGUUACGUUCGGGGGUCCUAGCAGCCCUACCGUAAUCAUAAGCGGAAUCCUAGAUGCAAUCAACCCUCAAAUUGGGAAAUCAAAACUUCUACGUCUGGAUGGUUCUGGAGAGUUAAGGGCGUCUUCACUGCGGCUUCUACAGGGUUCAAAACUCGAAGCAAAUGAUGGAUCUUCUAUUAGAAGUUCCCCUUCAUACGGCAAUUACCAUUUAGAUAAGCUUGUCCUGGAAACAAACUCUGUGAUAACGUUCAAGCAAGCCAGCGUUGCGUUAUUUGCAGAGCAUCUCCUAAUGAGUAAAAACGCGUCACUAACGUCAAGUAAUACUACAAAGACCUUGAACCUAACGGUAAACGACGCUGUAAUGGACAAUGGCGCAACUGUCAACGUGUCCUUCGGUGGGUUUCUCUCAGGACCAGGGUCACCUAUUCAAUUGGGCAGCGGUGCUGGUCAUGGAGGACACGGUGGUGGAACUUCUAGCGGAAGUGCUUAUGGCUCGGUAUUCAACCCAACGCAUUUUGGUAGUGGUACUGGCGCACGAGGUGGUGGAAUUAUUUACAUGAGCGUUAAAAACCUGGCCCUUAAUGGCGCCUUAAUUUCGCAUGGUGCGCAAAGUGAAACAGGAGGUGGAAGUGGGGGAAGUAUCAUGAUUAAGGCCGAGACUAUGUCUGGGCACGGUACUAUCACAGCGGAUGGUGGGGCUGGUUUAUCUUCCUCGGGUGGUGGUUCAGGGGGUAGAAUUGCGCUCUACGUCACAAAUUUUGCUUCUUUUAAUGGAAAGCUCACCUCUUACGGGGGUCAAGGAAAAUUCGUGGGUGCGGGAGGCACGGUGUUUAUUCAAGAGCACAUCGUAGGGAUCGCAGUAAAUACUACCAUCCUCGACAACAAUAAGCGAGUCACAAGUGCCCGUACUGUUAUUAUGCACGAGCGGCAGCGGUCAUACACAAUGGGCAUGCUCAAACUCGUCAACAGCGCCAGAAUGGAAGUCGCUUCGCUGCCAGAUAUGGUCAUGGAUAUCGAUAUUCGUACGCUCGAGGGAGAUAACAGCGGAAGUUUCUUUGUUCACAGUAACCAGACUCUUUCUUUAAGUGCAAGCAAGGCUGUUACUUCGAGACCUUUUCAAUUCCCCUGGGCCAUGACAAUCGACGAGGGAGCCACACUCAACCUUGCGUCAAAGCUAAUGAUUACCAGUACUGAGGCAAAACCAUCGUUGUAUCUGGCAGGGAGACUAAUCGGCGGCCAGGAAAUUAUCGUUGGUCAAGGAGCUGAGGUGGUUGUAGCAAAAACUGGGACCAUCGGUACAGCUAGUUCUAUUCCAGGAAAAUUCUCUUUCCGCUCCUUAAAGAUGUCGAGCGGAGGCCGCAUGCGCUUUGAAAGCGAUAUUUCCAGGAAGAUACCAGUAGAUGUCCAAGCAGUGACUAUUGACGUUGCCUUUGGCGGAACAAUGGAAGGAUCUUAUCUUUUGAUCAGGACGCCGCUCCUAAAUAUCGCCUUCAAUGGGACGCUGAGGGCUGACGGUCUUGGGUACCAGGUGUCCCAAGGGCCAGGAAGAGGGCACGCCCUAGAAGGUGGGAGCUAUGGAGGGUGCGGUGGUGGCCAAGGCAUCGGAGAAUGUACUCUGUAUGGUACACUCUACCGCGCAAUGGAGUACGGAAGUGGCGGAGGAGGAAGCUCAAGCAGUUACUCAUCAGGCAGCGGCGGAGGGAUUAUCGAGGUUCAGGCGGAAGAUGUUUUGGUAGAUGGGACAAUAUCAUCUAAUGGUAAUGCAGGGGCGAACAGCACUAUUGCUGGGGGCAGCGGUGGCAGUGUUAACAUUACGGUAGAAAAGAUAACUGGGCGUGGUCAUAUCUUGGCCUCUGGGGGGAAAGGAGCAUACAAUACAGGAGCCGGCGGCGGUGGUCGCGUUAGCAUACUCAUCAUCGGUGCUUACAACUUCACUGGUGAGCUUGCAGCCAAGGGAGGGAAUAGCUUUAGCGGGAGUGCGUCGCCGGGGACUGUUUACAUUGAAGAGAACCGCCCCGGAAUAAGAUCCAAGCGACUUUUAAUAGACAACCGCGACAUAACUGUUUCACAGGCAGUGCCUGUAUACCUGAACGACACGCACAUAGACGCUUACGAAUUCAGCGUGUUAGAGCUUUAUGGACAAGUUAAACUCCACCUCGACAAAAACACAGUGCUGGAAAAACUCAUAACUGACUCUCAAAGUAUCAUCCACGUCCCUGAUAAUGUUGUCCUGGUGAUUGAGCCUGGUUCAGACGCGCUUUCACCGUCAUGCAGCAUCCAUGUUGAUCGUGAUGGUGAGAUCAGAGUUCCAGAUGUCGUCUCGUUUUUAGGCUUGGAUAACAGAAUCGCCGGGACAUUAACGGGCGUGCUUGACAUGAUAAUCGGCGUCGACAGAAGAACCAAGUUUUCUGCUACGUCUCGCACAGCGCGAUUCAUAGAUGGAAAAUACACUUACAUCACCGGGCGUGGGGAGUACCGCUUUUCUACACUGACGAUCAAGCGAAACGCUCUUUUAUCAUUCGAUAAUGCGCUUCUAAAGGAAAUCCCUCUCACCAUUGGUACCCUGGAGCUGAGUUUUGGCGCUGUUAUGCGAGGCAGCUGGCUCAACAUCCGGGCAUCUCUAGUCAACGUGAACGUUGGUGGAGUUAUCGAUCUCUCAGGUCUAGGGAAUCCAGGGGGGACAGGACCUGGUGCGGGGGGUACAUUGGGGUCUAGAGGAACAGGCGGGGGAUAUGGUGGAAAGGGGGGACACGCAGAUGAUAUUUCCGGUUCAUGGUAUGGAUCUACAUUCAACCCUAAUGUCACCGGAAGUGGUGGUGGAAAUUGCGCUUCCGGUAACGGCGGUGCGGGUGGAGGCUACUUGCGUAUGUCGGUCGUGACCGAUUUGAGACUAGAUGGCCAGAUUCAAGCUGAUGGUCAGGAGGGCGCUAGCUACGGGUGUGGGGGUGGAAGUGGGGGAAGUAUUUGGAUAUCCGCAAGUGACAUCAUCGGAAAUGGAUUAUUCAGUAGCUCUGGUGGUGCAGGGAACAUAACUGGAGGUGGAGGUAGUGGGGGGCGAAUUGCUCUCUACUUAAACAAGCAAAUGAGCUUUGAAGGUGCUAUUUCAACUAUAGGCGGAAAUGGUGGAACGGGAACAGGACUAGGAGCAUCCGGAACGGUUUAUAUUCAGGAUGAUAAUAAGCGUAUUCCAAGAAAAAGACUUUGGAUUGUCAAUCAGAAAACAGGAUCCUUGCGUCCGACUACGGUCCUGUAUGAAUACGGUAUAAAGAGGUACUACUUCGACGAGCUCCGGAUGAAAGGUAACGUGCGCUUCGAGAUUGCAAAUCUAGAAAGAGAAAAGUUGACUAUCAAUAUGGAUAAGUUCAAUGCUGACAAUGCUGGCGAGAUGGCGGUAAAAAAGAAUCAGACGCUUUAUGCUGAAGUACAAGAAUCACAAGAGAGUCAUCUUACCCUUAAAACCAACGUUUUCGUCGAGGAAGGCGCCAAUCUUGUGGUAGCCUCGAGCCUAACGGUCGACGGUGCGGCUCUGAGCGUCGACGGCAAACUUUCUAAUGUCCGUCAUCUAGUUGUAGAGUCAGGAAGUCGCGUACAAUUUGGAAUCACAUCCCAGACAAGUCUUAUGACGGGGCAGGAAUUUGUUUUCCAGAGCGUUCCAGGAACACAGCAGUUUGCUUCGGUCACUUUGAAAAGUGGCUCUGACUUCGGUGCGCCGGAAAACUUGAGAAUAACCGUAAAAAAACUGGACCUGAAGAACGGCGUCCUCCUUCGAGGCAAAUUUGUGGACAUUAGUGCUCAAUCGUUACUCGUCGGUCGUGGAGCAGCCCUGUCGACGAACGCAGUCAUCGAUGAUACGGAGAGAGGUGCUGGAACAAGUAACGCUAAAGGGGGAUCCGGUGGAGGUUAUGCUAGUGAAGGAGGGAGUGGCGUGGGGGGACUCAAAGGGGGUGACCCCUAUGGGACUAUAUUUACCCCUGAGUACCCCGGUAGUCCAGGUGGUGAUGGUGAUAUGAUUUCCACGAAGGGAAAAGGAGGUGGUGCUGUAAAGAUUCUUACGGAUGUGUUGUACAACGAUGGUUACAUCUCAGCAAAUGGCGGCUCAGGCAUGGCCGGGAGCCAUGCGGGAGGUGGUAGUGGCGGAAGUGUUUACAUCACCGUGCGGCAGAGUCUUGAUGGAUCGGGCGUCAUUUCCGCUAAUGGUGGAGGAGGGGAUGGCAACGGAGGCUGCGGUGGAGGUGGUAGGGUAGCUGUUCACGUGACAUCGAGGUACGCAUUCCGAGGCUCGCUUGAGGCUCUUGGCAAGACCUGUCUCUCGCCCGUAAGCAGCGGAGGUUCCGGGACUGUAUUUGUACAAGAUGUGCGAUACAAACUGCCUUACAGACAGUUACGUGUAGACAACCAGGGACAGCCAUGGAGCCAAUACGUGGCGCUCAACGAGACCCUAAGCACAAUAGUCUUGGAUGAGCUUCAUAUUGUCAGAAACGCCUCAAUAAGGAUAGUGAAUGAACUGGAAACUAAAAAGUUGUUAAAGAUAAUGAAACUUUAUGGAGACAAGUCAGGGCUACUGCAUAUUUAUAAUAACCAGAAGGUUUAUUUAGAAGUGGAAGAGUCUCUCGUCACGAAGACCGUCACAAAGACACCAGUUAAUGUUCGAGUGGAAAGUGGUGGCGAGGUUGUGAUGGCGCCGGUCUCCUACAUAGUUGGUACAGGUGAAGUCGCGCUUGAACUCAAUGGUACUUUAUCAGGCAUCAAAGAUUUGAAAAUCACACAAAACCGCGGCGUAAGGCUUCACAAAGGAGCUCAAACUCUAAACCAAGCUGGGACAUUUCAAUUUUCUGCUCUCCAGCUGUUUAGUGGCAGCUCAGUAAUCGCUCAAGACGAGGAGGAAGUUAAGCUCGUGGUUGGAGAUUUGAAUAUCAAAUUUGGCGCCGCGUUUCACGCUCAUCACAUCAAGAUUCUGACCUCAUCUCUAGAUGUCGAAACGGGAGGUUUGAUUAGCUGUGCUGGCGAUAACCACGCCCGUAAGGCUGUCCCGCCCGCUGAAGUAUCCGAGUUACCACAAGGAGCCGGAGGUGGGCAUGCAAGCAGUGGAGGAAGGGGGUCUGGCGGAAAGGGAGGUGCCUACCACGGGUCCCUGUUCACGCCUCGAGAUCCCGGAACCCGUGGCGGCAGUAGUGCUGCUGGCGCUGGUGGAGGUCUUGGAGGCGGCUAUGUGGAGAUCGAGGCUGGAAGCUCAGUGAUAAUUGACGGGACCAUCACGGCAUCAGGAGGUGGAGCAGCUCCAGGUAGCGGUGCCGGAGGCGGAAGUGGUGGCAGCGUCUAUAUACGGACAGGGGCAUAUUCAGGGUAUGGUUUUAUCGACGUGUCUGGGGGUGUAGGAGGGGGAAGCGACGCUGGAGGCGGCGCGGCUGGCAGGGUGUCCAUCGACUGCUCCUCAUAUCUCUACAAGGGUAACUAUCAGACCCUAGGGGGUCUGUCUCUUGGGGGAGGGGCUCAUGGGGGCCCCGGUACCCUUUUCAUUCGAGAUAUCCGGGCCAAGCGGUAUUACACACAACUUUACAUCGACAACGCGAUGCGGUCACUAUCGGAUGUAGUCACCCUGGAUGAGUCCAAAACCACACUUUAUACGUUCUCGGAGGUUCACCUAUGGCGGCGUGCAGCCAUUGUCAUGGCAAUGAGCAAAGGAGGCGCUGUCCUAAAGAUCGACAAAUUAGUCGGUGAUCGCACAGGUCUGAUUCGUGCCCUUGGAAACCAAACCAUCUACCUAGAAGCCUCGGAUACGGCACAUAGCGUUUCUAAGCCAGCUGUUAAUCUUGCAGUAGAGAAGGAUGCGGAGAUGUACCUUGGCGCUUCAUUUUACGUAAUCGGCGACGGCGCGAAAGGCCUGGGUCAGAUAUCCGGGGACUUUUCUUUCUCUCUUAAUGGACGUCUCACCGCCGUGACGUACUUGUUCAUAACUAAGAAACUAAAAUCGAAAUUCUCCCAAUACGCGCAUACCGCUGACAUCCAUAACGACACUUUAGUGGUUUCUGAGCCCGGAAAAUUAGUACUGGCUAUGCUUGAAAUACAGGACGGAGCGGAGCUCUUGUUUGAUCACUCCAGUGGCAUUCAGUGCACUCUUGGCAAAGUUCACAUGAAGUACGGAUCAAGGAUUGUAGCCGAUCGUAUAAAUGCUGAUGUAACAACACUGCUAAUGGAGGCCGGAAGUAAAAUGACUGCUUCUGGGGUCGAUAGACCGACACCGCAAGUUGGCCCUAGUCCACCGAGCGCCUGUCGGAACUCCGGUGGUAGUCAUGGGAACUACGGAGGACACAGCGGAACUAAGGACAUCCCGCCAUACGGCAGUCUCUACCAGCCACGUGAUUAUGGCAUGGCUGGUUGCCCUGGUAACGCGCCUGGAGGCCAUGGAGGUGGCGUGAUUCUUUUGGUAAUCGGCGACGAACUUUAUCUGGACGGGACAAUAGAAGCCAAUGGCGGCGACGCGUCCAAGGGCUCCGACGCAGGGGGUGGUAGUGGGGGAGGUAUUUGGCUCACUGUUGGAAGAUUCUCUGGGCAUGGAGUGGUCAAGGCGGACGGUGGAAGCGGUGAUGACGUCACUUCCGGGGGAGGAUCAGGUGGUCGAAUUGCACUUCACACCACCACUCAGAACAGGUUCCUCGGAGGGUAUUCUGCCCUAGGGGGGACCCCUGGUGAUGCUAGUAAAGAUUUGACCGAGUAUGCUGGAGGCCCGGGAACGGUUUACCUCAGGGACAUGCGCAGUGGCUACAUGUUUUCCCAGCUUUGUAUAGACAACAAGAACCGACCAUGGACCCAUUACGUCACGCUUAACGAAAGCCUGACGUCAUACGAGUUUGACGAGGUCCACCUUAUAAGGAAGGCGUCCCUGCACGUGGUGGAUGAUGGGAAGGAACGUAAACUUACGAUACACAAGGUCUUUGGGGACCGCACAGGACUCAUCCAUGUGCACAGAAACCAGACGUUACAAGUCGAGUACAAGGAGGCCACCUAUACUAUCACCAGGACGGCCAGCAACUUUAAGAUCGACAACUUCGCUUCGCUAAUCAUGUCCACUAUCGUUCACAUCGUGGGGCGUGGCUCUGUGGCGUUUGCCUGGGACGGUCGUCUUAGCAACGUCCAUCAUCUCCAUGUGGCGUAUGGCCGUAAGGUCUUGAUAGGCACGCAUGCGCACACGGCUGCUAUCGAUAAUGGCAGGUAUGUGUGGGUGGAUCAUGAUGGAGAGUUCACCUUUGCAACUCUCGAGUUUGGUAGCGGGACGACAAUAGACUUCCCGCCUCCUAUGGGCGUACGCUUCACUAUUGGGUUACUGGAUAUCAAAUUCAACUGCGGCUUCACUGGGGAGUUCUUCGAAAUCGACGCCACAGAUUUCUACCUUGAGCCAAAUGCGAGGUUGCUAUGCAACGGUCGAGGGUACACUGGCUUCUUUUCGGGAUCUGGCAGGAAUUCUUCGAGUGGCGGGUCCGGAGCGGGACACGCGACACUUGGAGGGAAUGGCGAAUCCCUAGAGGGGGGUCUUGAGUAUGGCUCAAUAUAUGAACCAAUCCUAGCUGGCGCCCACGGUGGUAGUGGACCAGGUGGCAGCGGAGGUCGUGGUGGAGGAAGACUUCGUGUAAAUGUGGGUUAUGCCUUUGUACUUGAUGGUGUUAUUGACGCUAAUGCGGAUGACGCACCCAAGAACUCAGGUGGUGGCGGUGGCAGUGGUGGAAGUGUUUGGAUCAAAACUGCGUUCCUCCGUGGACACGGUACAAUCUCUGCCCUUGGGGGGAAGGGUGAUACAACGGGGGCUGCCCGUGGGGGUAGUGGGUCAGGAGGCCGUAUUGCUCUUCACAUCCUCACCAAAGACGAAUACCGUGGCGGAUAUGUGGCGCUCGGGGGACUGGGCCCAGGACCUCAGCAUGGAGGUACUGGUAGCGUGUACGUGGAAGAGAAUCGCGGGCGCAAGUUGUACCGGCGGUUAUACCUUGAUAACCAGAAUGCACUGCCACCAAAGGUCUUCACUUUGGAUCAGAGGAAUCCUAAAAUAGGGAAUGGAACGGAAGAGAACGGUGCGGAUUUUGGAUUUGAUGAGUUGAUGCUUCAGCGGCAGGUGAUGUUCAGGAUUGUAAGUGCGAGUGCCGUACCGUCCAUAUCCGUACAAACCAUCCUCGGCGACGGCUCGUCAACAUUACACGUACAGAACAAUCAGAGGUUUUUCAUCGAGUACGAGGAGGUUACGCAGCGGCGAUCAUUCCCGCGGGUGAAUUUCCAGGUAGACUAUGGUGGCGAGAUGAUGCUUGUAUCCGACUUCCACGUGACCGGGCUCAAGACGCCCGCCAUCCAACUUAACGGCAGGAUCAGUGGUGUUUCCAACAUAACACUCGCCGAAGGUCGGCAAAUUCACGUUGGCGCCAACGCAAGCAACGCACAACUGAAGAACGGGACAUACACGGUACCUCCCUCUGACGGCCACCUCUCCUUCGGCGUUGUCCUUCUGGAGGCAAAGGCCCAACUCCUCUUCGCUCUGAACAUGAGCCUUGACACUGAAUCGCUACACAUGAGAAAAAGCACACUCGUAUCAGCUGACAACAUCCAAAUGACAUGCGCACAGUCUCUUCUAGAAGGAGGCGCGGUUAUCAGUACAUCAGCUCGUGGACCACAAAGGGGCAUGGGCCCAGCUCCGGGUCAAGAGAAAGGAGGGACUGGGUCUGGUGGCGGGCAUGGCGGGGAAGGAGGGCCUAGCAGCCUGGCCGCGGGGGGUGCCGGGUAUGGGUCGUACCUACUGCCAGUGCACCCUGGGAGUGGAGGAGGAGGAGCUAGCGGUGGAAGAGGAGGCGGUACAAUCGAGCUGUCGAUUGGUAACUCUCUUCAUCUUGACGGCCAAAUCCUUAACACGGGCGGAAAUGCAGAAUCAAACAGCGGCGGCGGAAGUGGAGGAAGCAUAUUAAUUAGUGCUACACUCUUUUCCGGUCACGGUGUUAUUUCCGCUUCCGGCGGAGCCGGAAGUGGUACUGGAGGUGGCGGAUCAGGUGGUCGUGUAGCUGCGCACGUGUCAUGGCUACGGGAAUAUGCCGGGGAGUAUACGGCAUUCGGAGGCCUAGGGUACAAAGCUGGGGCUGCUGGUACAGUUUACUACACCGACACAAACCAAGGUCUCUCGCACCGCCCACUGAUUCAGACAGGUAACAAGACAGAGUUCGGGUUCGGCUUCAAUAAACUCAUAAUUGAUAAUGACAAUCGCAACCCUGAUAUCCCGACGAUGAUCAUCAACGAAAGAGAUACGUACUACGAGCUCAAGGAGCUUGACAUCAAGCACCACGCCCUGCUGCAUAUCCACGGUUCGGACGCUAGACUGGUGGUUCAUAACUUUACAGGUGACCGGACAGGACUGGUCCACUUGAGGUCCGGACAGAAGAUGUUUGUGGAAGUGGUGGAGUCAUCCAAGGGGUACACAGUAGCGUCUGUUAGUUACAAGGUUGAUCAAGGGGCGGAAAUCGUGUUCCCUUACUCGUUGACUUUACUCGGCACGCGCUGUGUAUUUGAAGGUCUUGUGGUUGGUGUAUACCGCAUGUAUGUCACUGAGGGAUCCGGAGUCAUUUUCACAUCGACAACACAAACAGGGAUCAAAGAUAACGGCACCUAUCAAGUACUAACCGAGCCAGGAAACAUCACCUUCCCUGAGAUAUACAUCCAAAAAGGUUCUCGCUUGGAUUUUUCCAGAAUCAACUCGACUUUAACGAUCACUGCACUUAUCUUUCGUGUCAAAUACCACGCUACAGUAAACGUCAAUCACGGAAAUAUUGACAGCUCAUGGGCGUGGCUUGAGAGCAGGGGACGGAUAAUAUUGGACGGGAAAGGAUAUCAAGCAGAGGAGGGAGUGGGACGUGGCAGUACUGUGAGGGGUGUCGGAACCGGUGCAGGACACGGAGGGGAGGGGGCUGCGUCUCAAGCAAACACUUCCGGUGGCCUGCCGUAUGGCUCCGUCUACAAGCCUCUGGACUAUGGCAGUGGAGGCGGUAAUGGGCGUGGUCGUGGCGGUGCAGGGGGAGGAUUACUCCAUUGGAGAAUCGGACAGGAAAUAGAGCUGGACGGUUUACUUACUUUGAGGGGAUUAAAUGGAACUGGAACAGACUCUGGAGGCGGGAGUGGGGGAAGCAUCUUGAUCGAGUGCACUAAUUUUACGGGUUACGGUGAAGUGAAUGUUCAAGGUGGUGACGGUGUAGGGGAGGGGUCGGGAGGUGCCGGUGGUCGUAUUGCAGCGCAUGUGCACUUUAGACAUAAAUUUGCGGGCACAUACAAGGCUUACGGAGGUAUGGGGAGGUCAAUUGCUGCAGCCGGUACAGUCUAUGUGGAAGAAACAGCCCGUGGUCCUCAAUACGCCGACAUGAAGUAUGAUACGAGCACCAACAAGACCAUUGUUACUGAGACUCAUAGAUAUAUGGAAGUCGACAACGAAGAUCGUAAGACCAAAUGGAACUCAAUUCUCCUCGAAAGCGAGCACGUGAGCUAUGAGCUUGAUGAAUUAUUCCUCACAAGGCACGCCAACCUACAAGUCCGUCAUCCACCGGGGGCUUCCAAUGUUACUGUUAUUGUCCAUCGUUUCCUUGGCGACGGAACCGGACGUUUUCAUCUGCGUGAAAACCAAACGAUCUUCGUCGAAGUCGUGGAGUCUGAGACGAAUGAGACGACUGCGCCGUGUAGCUUUAAGAUAGACGAAGGCGCGGAGAUCGUGUUCCCUGCAGUCGUCAAUAUCUACGGAACAAGGUCGAUAGUCGAGGGUCGCAUGACGGGUGUUCAUGACCUCAUUAUUGCAAACGGUGGUAGUUUAGAAGUUGCGUCAACGACGCAAACGGCACGAGUAGAAAAUCGGCGUUAUAUUGAGAUCGAUGAGAAAGGGAACUUCUCGUUUGCGAGCGUCACUGUUGAGAGGAACUCUCUUCUAACUUUCAGUCGUGUCAAGUACGACUUGAGUCUUUCGUGCGCCGAGUUCAGAACGAAAUAUGAAGGCCUUGUGUCCAUGAACCAUGGCUCCAUCUACUCUACUUUUGGGUGGAUUGAAAGCAAGGGGGUCGUCAAGAUGGAUGGGCGUGGUUUUGGCCCUGAGAGUGGAACGGGUAGAGGAAGCAGUCCAGGGAGUAUCGGCACGGGCGCUGGACAUGGAGGUGACGGAGGAAAGAGUGAUUCUAUCCUAGGAGGUCUCCCGUACGAUUCUGUAUAUCGUCCGAGAUUAUUCGGUAGCGGUGGGGGCAACGGUAGAGGGACUGGAGGCUCUGGUGGUGGUCACCUUUUAUGGGACGUCGCAAAAAGACUGCAGAUAAACGGUCUUCUGUCAUCAAAUGGUACUGAUGCCAGCGGCUCUGACGCAGGUGGUGGUAGCGGUGGCAGUGUCCUCGUGCUGACCACCAACAUGACCGGACACGGAGAAAUCGCGGUUGCAGGGGGUAAGGGCACUGGUCAGGGCGGUGGUGGCGCAGGGGGGAGAGUAGGCAUCCACUGCAGGUGGAGGUACACAUACGGAGGGCGGUUCACGGAUCGAGGCGGUCGAGGAAAGUACGGCGGUGCUGCUGGCACGAUAUACAAGGAGGAGAACUACCGUCCCCUUGAGUACCGACACCUGAAGUACAGCAAGGAGAAGAAUACUACAUUGUUGGCUGUAGAUCACACGUAUGUCCACAUUGACAACGCAGGCUAUGAUGUACCUGGAGCAACUAUGUUGAUGGAAGAAGACACCCUUUUCUACGAAUUCGACGAGAUGGAACUUACUGGGUACUCAAGACUUCUAGUCUAUCACCCCGGCAACGAGACCGUUACCGUGGUAACCCACAGGUUCAUUGGUGACAAGUCAGGGCAAUUUCACCUUCGUAACGAUCAGAAGGUGUAUGUAGAGGUGGUGGAGUCAGUGACGAAUUCUACCGAAGCGCCUUGUAGCUAUCGCAUCGAUGUCGGUGCGGAGAUUAUUCUCCCUGCGGAGUUCCACAUGCACGGUACUAGGACUGUUAUUGCUGGAAUGUUCACCGGUGUGCAUGACUUGAAAAUAUCAUUCGGCGCUACUGUGGAUUUUUACUCCACCGCACAAACAGCCUUAGUAGAGAAUAACACAUAUACUUUCAUAUCAGAGCCAGGUAACGUCUCAUUUGCAACAAUUAUUGUAAAGCGAGGCGGUGACGUGGAGUUUAGAAAUGUGAACACAUUCCUGAAAGUAACAUCCAACGAGCUGGCUGUUAAGUACCAAGGCCUUUUCCACAUGAAUCGGGGUGAAGUUCUUUCAUCGCUUGCUUGGUUGGAGAGUCAAGGACACUUUAAACUUGACGGGGGAGGAUUUGGUUCUGAGGCGGGCCCUGGUAAAGGGGUGACUUUCAUAAGGAGUUCGGUUAGUAUCGGUAGUGGUGCAGGACACGGCGGAAGGGGUGCAGUAUCUGGUGGCACUGCUUAUGGCUCAGUGUAUACCCCAUCGGAACCAGGUAGCGGUGGAGGAGAUGGCAGUGGCAGAGGUGGUACCGGUGGAGGCGAGCUACUCUGGACGAUUUCUCAGCACUUGGAACUGAAUGGUCUGUUGUCUGCACGCGCUGGUGCGGGAACUGGGACAAAUGCCGGUGGCGGUAGCGGUGGAAGUAUUCUGGUUAAGACGACUAACAUGACGGGACACGGAGAGGUGUCGGUCACAGGAGGUAACGCCACCCAUUCUGCCGGGGCGGGGUCUGGCGGCAGGGUGGGGAUCCACUGUCGUUGGAGGUAUACCUAUGGUGGUAAGUUCACGGAUCGCGGCGGUAUUGGUACAAGUAAUGACACAAGCGCUCCUGCAGGGACGGUCUACAAGGAGGAGAACUUUAGGCCGCUUGAGUACAGACACGUGAAGUAUCUUAAGGAACACAAUCGAACCAUGAUGGCGGUGGACCACACCUACAUUCAUGUGGAUAACGAGGGCCGAGAUGUCCCUGAGGCGACCGUACUAAUGGAGGAAGGGACAACCGAGUACGAAUUUGAUGAAGUUGAGCUAACCGGUUAUUCACGCCUUGUCGUCUACCACCCAGAUAACGCUACUAACAUCACAGUCACAGCGCAUCGCUUUCUCGGCGACAGAACGGGGCAAUUCCAUUUGAGAAAAAAGCAGAAGAUUUACGUCGAAGUUGUGGAAUCAGAAACCAAUAGAACCGAAGCGCCAUGCAGCUACUUGAUCGACCAAGGUGCUGAGAUUGUACUUCCGGCCGAGUUCCACGUGCACGGUGUGCGGACAUUGAUCCAUGGGAGACUGACAGGUGUACAUUUCAUUUUUAUCGAGGACCGAGCAGUACUAACAAUAUCUUCAACAGCGCAUACCGCACUCCUAGAGAAUCGCACAUAUGUGGAGAUCACUGAGCCUGGGAACAGCUCUUUUGCCCACGUGAUCAUAAAGAAGGGAGGACUUCUGGACUUAGUACGCAAAGAUGACGUCAUUGUUUCGGUGACGUCAGCAGUUUUCGAGGUACAGUACACCGGCACUGUGACGAUUAAUCACGGCGUAUUGUACUCUACAUUCGCUCAGAUCGAGACCAAGGGAUUGGUGAAGCUUGACGGUGCUGGGCACGGGCGUACCGCGGGGGUCGGUGCUGGUUCCGAUUCUGGAGUUGGCUCAGGUGGCGGAUAUGGUGGUGUUGGUGGUGGCAGCGGCGGUAUCGCCUACGGAUCUGUGUUCAAGCCGGUCGACCUUGGUAGCGGUGGAGGCGGGUCCUGGGGAGGAGCAGGUGGAGGGUGCCUGCGGUGGAUAAUAAGCAAGAUCAUCCACCACGAUGGACUGAUCUCGGCCAAGGGACAAGACAGCCUGACGGGGGGAGGGAGUGGAGGCAGUAUCCUGAUAGAGACAAUGAACAUGACAGGUCACGGAGAAGUGAAUGUUAACGGAGGCAGCGUCACAGGCAGCGGUGGUGGAGGGGCUGGGGGAAGAAUUGGCAUCCAUGUCGACUUCCAAAAUAACUACGGAGGCUCUUUCCGGUCGGUUGGUGGCACGGGUAUCCCACCGUCAAGGUCAGGCGCUGCUGGUACGGUGUAUAAGUAUGAGAGUCGUCGAGGUCCUCAGUACCGAGAACUAAAGUACAAUCCAGACGGCAACUUCACGUACUUCAAGCCUGAACACGCCAAGGUCAAGGUUGAUAACGAACACGUGAUAGUGGACACGCCCACCGUUGUCAUGGAGAAUCAGACGGACCAAUACGAGUUUGAUGAGAUGCAGGUUGAAGGGCAUGCCACCGUUACCUUCUACCACCCCCAGGGUGUGCGUAACGUGACCGUGAUCGCUCACGAGGUGACUGGGGAUAAGUCGGGCAUCGUGAGGCUCACGAAGAGACAGCGGUUAUUCGUGUUUGUUGUCAUGGCAACGCAUACCUAUAUGGACGCACCUUGUGGCUUCUUCGUUGAUGAAUACGCGGAAGUUGUUUUCCCGACUGAAGUGAUCUUAAGGGGAGAAACAUCUGUUAUUAAAGGUCGUAUGACUGGUGUUGAGCGGUUGGUGGUCGAGAGAGGCGGUUCCAUAGAGUUCUCCGGUACGGCUCACACCGCCAUGCUCGCUACUGAGUCCAAAUGGCUUGAAGAUAACCCUUUCUACCCCUUCACUCCUGGCCUAAUUAUUGUCCCUCUCAUGGAUGUCAAUAAUGCCGCGUUUGUCACGGUCACUAUGACCCCUAUCAAGGCCGUGCUGCAGAUAGCUCGAGUGACUGUAAAAAAAGGUGGCACUAUACAGAUUCUUUCAAACCACGUGACAAUCGAUAGUGAUGACAUAAUCAUUCAGAGUGGAGGUUUGAUUGACGGUUCGUCUGGCGGUUAUCCCGCUGCUCGUGGCCCUGGAGCGGGCUCGCAAUCAGUAGGAGGGUCCCACGCGUCCCCGGGGGGCAACGUCCCUGUCAAUAUUCAAUACGGCUCCCUCUACCAGCCCCUACUACCCGGAAGUGGAGGAGGCUAUGGUGCCGGAGGGGCGUGGCUAAAGAUAAAAACCGGAAGUCACGUGAUCGUGGAUGGUAUUAUCAGGUGUAAUGGUGUGGGAAGUGGAGGGAGUUCCGGAAGUUCGUAUGGCGGCGGAAGUGGAGGUGCGGUUGUCAUAGAAACACUCUAUCUCAAAGGUUAUGGCCUUAUUGAAGCUUCAGGAGGUCCAAGUAAUACCGGUGGGGGAGGGUCAGGGGGCCGUGUCGCUGUGCACAUCAACGAGAUUUUCACAUUCCGCGGCAGCUUGACCGCAAUCGGUGGAAACAGCAUGGUCAACAAGCACGGCAGUCCAGGCACAGUAUACCUUGAUAUCACCACCGCGGGAAAUACCUACCGAUAUCUACAGGUGGAUAAUGCCAACAGAGGCGCAGAGUUCGUCUUGACGCUAUAUAAUGCCGGGCAGACAGAGUUUUACUUUGACACGGCUCGCCUUGUGAGGAAUGCUGUUCUCGCAGUAAAACCGCUUCCUUCAGUGACGGCUAAGCUAUUCAUCGGCAAAGCUACAGGAGAUCUCUCAGGUGUCGUCUACAGCAAUCCUAGUACUGAAGUCUACCUAGCUACUGGACACUUGCGCGUCCACGCACCAGUCAACUUCGACAUUGCCAACGGAGGAACACUCUAUCUUCCGCUCCUCACUACUCUUGCAGGGUCACGAGAUCCGACUUUGAAAAUCCACGGCAAGCUCUCGGGCAUCGAGGAGCUACGGGUCUUCAAGGGUGUACACGCGCAAGUAUACAUAAAUGGCCAGGCGUCGUCUAACUCUGCUGGUCACUUUUGGUUCCAGCGUGUGCGGGUCAUGAGGGGAGGGACUUUAGAGGUCUUAAGCAGCUCCCAGAAUAUUUCCAGACAGUCAGUGGCACUAAAUGUAGAGCAUUUCGACUUGGACUCGACUGGCAAAGUCACCGCGGAUGUGGUAAAUGUGCUGGCAAGCUUUGUGAAUGUCGAGGUGGACGCUAUUCUGGAAGCUGAAGGGCGUGGCAGGUCCCGCCUUAGUGGGCAGGGGUACGGGUCUGGUUGUUAUAACUUGGCUGGAGCUGGUCACGGAGGGAAAGGUGGUGACGGGCAUGUCACAGGAUGCGUUAGUUGUCGCGUGGAUGGUGGCCCGCAGUAUGAGGCAGCCUGUACAGCGGAUUCCUCCGGUAGCGGUGCUGAUAGCCCUGGCGGCGGUGUUGUGUUCGUGACGUCAGACCACUUGCUGGAACUGGACGGCUCCGUUGUCACUAGCGCCUUGCACAGUACGUCGGGCGGUGGAGGUAGUGGUGGAACUAUAUACCUGGCGACGAGUGCAUUCGAGGGACACGGUCACGUGACUAGUCAGGGAGGGAACGGGAACUUUUGGUGCUCUACUUGUGGUCACACCAGCUGCGGUACGAGAUACUAUGGGGGAGGGGGAAGUGGUGGGUUCAUUAGACAAUUUUCUCCGCAGCCAAUCAGGCGAGACAUUUUACGCCAUAGCAGCGUGAGUGGCGGAAGUCCCGGGUGUGAUGGCUCCACGUGCGCACAAAGGGGUGGAAAUGGACAGAUCUGUAGCCAAGGCAACGAAUGCAACAGCCACGGGAGUUGGUCAGCGGUUACGCGUUCCUGUACAUGUGUCAAUGGGUACUACGGUGUAAACUGUGCGUACGCAUGCAGCCGUGCAGUCACGUGUUCGGGUCACGGAGACUGUAGUGAUACAGGAGGCUGUAGCUGCGACAAGGGAUGGACAGGCUACCAUUGUGAAUACGUGUGUGACCCUGUCACGCACUGUAGCGGUCACGGCAGAUGUAGCGUGACGGGCCAAUGUGUGUGUGAUCACUGUUUCCAUGGUAACAAGUGCCAAUAUGAGUGUUCAGGAAAUGGCACGUGUAUUGGUAAGCGAUGCCAGUGCAAUACAUGCUUCGUUGGGACUUAUUGUCAUUCUGAGUGUUCAGGCAACGGUGCAUGCGUAAAUAGCAAGUGUCGAUGUCAUCCCACAUGGAAAGGGGUGUUUUGUGAGGAACCUGAAUGCCCGAAUGACUGUUCUGGACACGGUGUGUGCAACAGUGCCCUGCGAACCUGUUACUGUGAUCCCGGAUGGAGAGGUCUUGAUUGUAGCCAGCUGGAUUGUCCUGGCCAGCCGGACUGCCAUGGCCGAGGGAAUUGCGUUGCCGCGAACGGAUCGGCUGUGUGUCGUAACUGUAUCAUAGGAUGGAUGGGGCCAUCUUGCAACGAGCCAUGCGUACAUGGCAAGCAAACGCCCAUGGACAGUGGAAUAUGUGCGUGUGACCCAUGCUGGGCGGGAAGGGGGUGCGACUCUCUCUGUAUGGGGCGUGGCACAUGUAAUGGAGGAUCAUGUCAGUGUGACCCACUAACCGGAUGGCGGGGAGAGGUCUGCCAGAUACCCGGCUGCCCCGGUAUAGGGGGCGACUGCAGUGGACAUGGUGAUUGUAAUGGGGCUACGCAUCAAUGCACCUGUUUUGAAGGCUGGACGGGAAUCGGUUGCCACAUCCCGGACUGCCCCGGGGCUCCGGACUGUUUCAACCGGGGAUUUUGCAAUGCCUCUACCGACCCACCUUCCUGUCAGAAUUGCAUUCCAGGAUGGAUGGGUCCAGCCUGUAGCGAUCCAUGUACGCACGGUCAACAAACCCCGAUGAAUAGUGGAAUCUGCACAUGUCUACCAGGAUAUACGGGAAUUGGAUGCGACGCCGAGUGCUCAUUACACGGAAGUGUACACCAGGGAAAAUGCAUCUGUGAUGUUGGAUGGCGGGGAACAGUAUGCGAUAACCCCGGUUGCCCGGGUGAAGGGUCAGACUGUACGGGACACGGAAGUUGCAAUGGCGCCACCCAUUUGUGUACGUGUUAUGAAGGUUGGACAGGCUCAGGAUGUGAGAAAGCCGAUUGUCCCGGAUCACCGGACUGUUAUUCGCGCGGUUACUGCAAUACCACAUCCGGGACUCCUACCUGUACUAACUGUUCCUCCGGAUGGAUGGGUCCGGCGUGCGGCGAUCCUUGCGUCCACGGGCAACAAGUUCCCAUGGACAGCGGCAACUGCAUUUGUGAACCAGGAUGGGUUGGCGUAGGCUGCGAUAGCGAGUGCUCUGGCCAUGGUAAGGUAUCCGUUGGAAUCUGCAAGUGUUUCCGUGGCUGGAGAGGCACCUACUGUGACAAUCCCGGGUGCCCCGGACACCGGACGGACUGUUCCGGGCACGGCGAGUGUAACAGCGCAACUCAUGUUUGUGUGUGCGAGAAUGGCUGGACGGGCGACGGAUGCGAGAUUCCGGAUUGUCCAGGAAACCCGGACUGCGCUGGUCGAGGUCACUGCAAUACAAGCUUCGACCCGCCACGGUGCACAAACUGCUCGCAAGGGUGGAUGGGACAGGCAUGCGAAGACCUCUGCGUCCACGGUACCCAAGUUCCCAUGGACAGCGGUAACUGCCAAUGCGACGCAUGCUUCACAGGACGAGGUUGUAAUGUUGAAUGCUCUGGACAUGGUCAGUGCGUGAACGGCGCAUGCGCCUGCGAUACUCUAGCGGGAUGGAGGGGCUCCCUGUGUGAAGUGCCAGGAUGCGCAGGGGUUGAUGGGAAGGACUGCAGCGGACACGGCACGUGUGACAGCGCCAAUCACAAGUGCAUAUGCGACCCUGGCUGGUCCGGCAUAGGUUGUCACAUAACUGACUGCCCAGGCACGCCAAACUGCUUCGACCGCGGCUUUUGCAACACCACAAACCGCGACACUCCUGCGUGCACGGACUGCGUGAAAGGCUGGAUGGGCCCGGCGUGUAACGAUCCAUGCGUGCACGGGCGCGAGGUGGCCGGCAGCUGCGUGUGCGACCCAUGUUAUACGGGUAGCGGGUGCCAGAGCGAGUGUUCGGGUCAUGGCGAGUGCGUGGAAGGGAAGUGCAAGUGUAAUGAGGCCGCGGGUGAUGCUUAUGUCGGGGUCAAUUGUGAGUUACCCGGAUGUCCCGGACGCGAUGGCAACUGCAACGGAAACGGUUUCUGUAAUCUGAAGCUCCAAAAAUGCGAGUGCUACCCGGGAUGGGCUGGGGACGCGUGUGACAAACUUGACUGCCCAGGGUCCCCUCCCUGCUCCGGUCAAGGCGAAUGUAGUAACACAAACCCUCGACGCUGCCAAUGCUUUCCUAAGUGGGGAGGAGAGAAGUGCGAGAUCCCUUGCCUCAACGGGUAUAACUAUGGGAACGCUUCUGAUUGCGUCUGCGAUGCGUGUUACUCAGGCAGCGGUUGUAAUGAAGAGUGCUCCGGUCAUGGGAAGUGCGAGGACGGGAAAUGUGUAUGUGAUAAGGACCUGGGCUAUAAGGGACCCGUGUGCGCUAUACCUAGUUGCCCUGGGUGGCCUGUGGAUUGUUCAGGCCAUGGCUCGUGUAACCUGGCGACACUCGAGUGUCAGUGUAGUCCCGGAUGGACCGGAAAGGCCUGCGAUAUCCCAGACUGCCCCGGGACACCUGACUGUAAUGGUCGCGGGGACUGUCUCCAUCCAAAAGCCGAUAGCGACUCUCCGAGGUGUAACUGUACCGAAGGCUGGAUGGGUACUGCCUGCGAACUUCCUUGUACGCAUGGCACGCCAACUGCUGACCACAUAUGCGUCUGCGAGCCGUGCUAUAAUGGCGCCGGUUGCGGUACACUCUGCUCCAACCACAGCAGCGCAUGCGUAGAUAAGGAGUGUGACUGUGGGUUUGAUGGCUGGCGCGGGAAGCACUGUGAGAACAAAGGCUGUCCGGGAUACAAGAGGGACUGUUCCGGACACGGACAAUGUCUGUCAGCGACAGGGACCUGUAUUUGCGACAAAGGAUGGAGUGGAAUCGGCUGUGAAAAGACAAAUUGUCCGGGAGAACCCGAUUGUAACAACCGAGGGACCUGUAUUCCCGCUGACACUCCGUACUGCGGGCACUGCCAGGCUGGCUGGGCGGGGAUCGCUUGCGAGAUGCCUUGCACUAAGGGAACACAGAGUACCUCCGACCCGCGGGUCUGCGAGUGUGACCCGUGUUACUCGGGACUCAACUGUGACUUGCUGUGCUCGGGUCGCACUAACGCAACAUGUGUAAACGGCACGUGUGAAUGCGGCUUUGAAGGAUGGAGAGGAGCCGUGUGUAAUAGGAAAGGCUGUCCGGGAUGGGGCGUGGACUGUACCGGACACGGAACAUGUAACAGCGCAACCGGACAAUGCGACUGUAAUCCAGGAUGGAGUGGGAGGGGAUGUGAAAUUCCGGACUGUCCGGGGACUCCUGACUGUAGUGGGAACGGAACAUGUGUUAUCGCAGAUAUCCCGUAUUGCAGAUGUAAUGCCGGGUACAUGAGUGCAGCUUGUGAUAUACCCUGUGCGCAUGGCACGCCGAAAAAGACGGCUGACGGAGGAGAUGUGUGUGAUUGCUCAAGUUGUUACAGUGGUGUGUCGUGUGACCUGGAGUGUUCGGGACACGGGAACUGUACUAACGGGACCUGUGACUGCGGGUUUGACGGCUGGCGAGGGCUUACUUGCGAAAGACUGGGCUGUCCUGGGUAUAAGACCGACUGUAGCGGCCAUGGAUCCUGUUUGGCUGAUGGGAAAUGUUAUUGCGAUCCCGGAUGGAAGGGCGUUGGCUGCCAUAUCCCACACUGCCCCGGGGGUGGCGACUGUAAUGGUCACGGAGUGUGUGACGGGGUCACGCACAACCCUCCUGUUUGCGUCACGUGUGACCCUGGUUACCUUGGUAACGACUGUGGAAUCCGGUGCUGGAAUGGCACGGUGGUGGUAAAUGAUGGAAAGCCGGAGUGCGUGUGUAGUGAUUGCUUCACGGGGGUCUUCUGUGACAAAGAGUGUGACAGUCACGGUGUGUGCCGUGACGGAAAAUGCAGCUGUGACAAGGGUUACCGCGGUGCCAAGUGUGAAACCAUCGGUUGCCCUGGUAACAAUGUCGACUGCAGUGGUCAUGGAGUGUGUCUGAGUGUCACGCAAGAAUGUGACUGUUACCGAGGAUGGAAGGGGGAUGGAUGUCACGUACCAGACUGCUUAGGUACUCCCGACUGCAACGACAACGGGGUAUGUGACGGAAGCUUUGACCCCCCACGAUGCAUAAACUGCACCAACAAUACAAUGGGCGCGGCGUGCGAGCUUCCCUGUAUCCAUGGAAACGAAUUUCCUCCGAACAGCGCCAUCUGCCGAUGCGAGGCGUGCUAUCAGGGGUUGGCUUGUGACGUGGAGUGUUCAGGGCAUGGCAAGUGCAAUGGGUCACACUGUAUUUGUGACGAGGGGCACAAAGGAGUCACGUGUCAGCUGAUAGACUGCCCAGGAGAACCAGAUUGCAGCGGUCACGGGGUUUGCGUCAUGCAAUCCGGCUCCGUCACGCCAACCUGUUUAUGUAACCAAGGAUUUGAUGGUCCAGAUUGCGGGAAAUUAGUAUGUCCGGGGGUCCCCAUGUGUAAUGCUAGGGGCAACUGUACCUUGAUUAACGACAUACCAGCUUGCACCUGCAGACAUGGGUUCAGCGGUAGCUCAUGUGAGAGCUGUCAACCACGCUACACUGGAUCGGAAUGCGAGCGCUGCGUUACAAACUACAUUGGCUGGAGCGGAAGUUGCAGUGUCUACUGUGUGCAUGGUAACGCAACGGGCCCAGAAGGUGACGUGUGCACUUGUCACGAUGACAUCACAAAAGGGCACUGGAACGGAUCGACCUGUGAGGAGUGCGUGACAGGAUGGGCGUUACCCGACUGCUUGCAAUGUGACAAUGCGCACGUUGGAGAACAAUGCGACAUUGGUUGCGUUACAACUAAUUCAGACUACAAGGAUACGCGUGACGGAAGUUGGGGGACUAAGCAUGUAACGCCAUUUGUGAGCUGCUUGUCGCGUAACGAGAAUGGCAGCCUUUUUGCAUGGUUUGGAUACGAAAACAAUAACCCUCAUAACGUGUACCUUCAAGUGGGCCCAGAUAACAAGUUUACCAGGCCCUCACUGAUAACGUCCCCCGGCGGGCAAACGGGAUUUGUACGCUACGCCACAGGGAGCCCGUCAGGGGAAAAUAUUGUACCACUGACCAGCGAGGACCUGGGACAACCUACCAAAUUUGUGCCUGGAAGAUACGAGAAGGUCUUUAAUGUGAGGCUGCACGACUCCUCAUCCAUCGUAUGGCUUCUUGCAUACCCUCUAUCCAAUAGACGCACUACUGCUCAAGUUGACGUAACCAUGGAGAUGACGAUGCCCUGUAACAGCAGCAGAGCAAUGGCUGAGGAUGAGAAUACCUACCAGAAGUGUGUGUGUCGCGAUGGAUUCUGGGGCAAGGCAUGUCAACACACUUGUCCUGGCGGUCCUUUGGCACCUUGCUACCGUAACGGAAUCUGCGACGAGACCAACGGCACGUGCACCUGCGAUAUCAAUUGGCGCGAGGAUAGCGCAUGUAGGACAUGCUCUGCCGGGUACUAUGGACUUGACUGCUCCGUAGUCACUCUGACUGUGAACAACAAAACCGCUGCGUUGCAUGGGUUCGCGAACUUCAUUACUCUUGACGGUGCAAUGUAUAAAUUCUAUGGCAGAGGAGAAUAUCAACUGUUAUACACUCUUGGUGGUAUACUAGAGGUCCAAGUGCGCUUAGUACCUUGCUUUGCUUCGUCGUCAUGCGCAAAUGCAGUGGCAGUGAAAAUCGGUGCCACUGUGUUGAAUAUCCACUCGCGGUUCGCAAACACUGAAGACGCCGUCGUCUCCGUUAACAGUCAAGAGAUUGCGUUACUUGAAAUGGACCUUGGUCACGGCUUUACAUACCGUCGCGUAUCGCUGUUACGUUACAGAGUAGAUUGUGUGCACGGUGUCCGCUUGGAUGUGCGUGUAUAUGAUCGCUACCUCGAUAUGCAAAUGACCAUUAGCAAUAAGACGUACUGCAAAUCAAGUGCAGGCUUGUGGGGAAACUGUGAUGAUAAAGCAUUCGACGAUUUUACCAGCCGAACCGGGUACUCUGCCACCAGUAGUAACAUCUCGCAGUCGUACAUACACGAGGUCUAUGGCCCAUCAUGGCUAACUACCAACGACAGCCUCUUUACUUAUCCGUCUAAUGAUUACCACGAGAUGAGGGAGAUAGGAGGCGGUGGGUAUGCGCUGUUCUUUAACAACUCCGGUGUACAAACAGCGGAGAUCUAUAGCUUCUCCUCGGGUGAUAUUUCUAUUGAGUUUUUCGUGAGGCUCUUGGAGGCGUCUGGUACCGUCAUAUCGUACACGACGACCGAGACAUUUGCUGUGACGGUCAGCUCAGGAAUGGUCAAGCUUCAGUAUGCAGACGCAAUACUAGACACGCUCGUCUCAAUUCAGAUCGCCAAGUGGACUCAAAUUGCUCUUGUCUGGUCGCCAACCAAUAAGAUUCUACAGUUCUACUUGAUUGACGUUGACGGGCGUGUCAGUAGCCGUAACUUUCCGAUAUCGUCCGAAGUCAACGUGUUUGAGCCAGGAGGGAUGCUGGCGUUAGGAUACUGGCUCCCAUCUCCCUCGGGGAAAGGAAAAUUUCCCGUUUCCGGUUUCGUAGGAGAGAUUGACGAGUUGAGAAUCUGGAACCGGAAGUUGGAUCCAAGUGCGGUAUCGAGUAACUGGAAACGGAAUGUGGACUGUAGGGAAUCACUUGAUCUUGCAAGUUUGUGGAAGUUUGACGAAGGUCAAGGUCAUUUCGCAUGUGACUGCGUAUCAAGCGCUCAUAUAUCUAUCCCAUCAUCCAUCUGGCGCCCGCCAUUAUGGGUAUUUUCCAGUGCCCCUAUCGCGCAAUUCUCGUUAGAUAUCCGCCGUGUUUACCAAGUGAGGUAUGAUGGAGUCCUGCCAUACGCCAAAGUCGAAAAGAAAUGCAGGGACGUUAUCACAAACUCCAACCUGUCAGGCUCAUGUCCCUCGUUGAUUCAUCCUGCCCAGUCCGUCUACUACAGCGCAUGCGUAAUGAGUGUGUCACGUAGUGGUGACUUCCGUCACGCUUACUGGUCGGUACUUAGUGCAGCGGACUUGUGUCUUGCGUUACAUCCCCUCACGCCAUGGUAUGCCAAAGACUUGUGUCAAGUUGUCACAGGAAGCGAUUUUCCGGAAUGGUCUGGACUCGGGUGCACAGAUUACUGCAAGUAUGGCAUUCCUGAGCGGAAUACGUGCGCAUGCAGGAGUGGUUUCUACGGAACUAGCUGCGCAAUGGAGUGCCCAGGCGGUUACAUAAGCCCUUGUAAUGGCCUUUCGUCCUGCGACUCGCUCACUGGUGCGUGUGACUGUCCUUUGAACGCAAACUCCUCCUCAGACUGUACCAAGUGCUCUCAGGGCUGGAAUGCUAGCGACUGCUCCGUAGCGCUUACAGAUACACCUAACAUUUCUAGUGUGAUCUUCUGUCAAGGCUUCGGUGCAGCGCAUUACACCACAUUUGACGGAGCGGGCUACAACUUCGGCACUUACGGCGAGUAUUACUUGUUACGCACCCCGCAAUUCGCGGUCCAAGUGCGACAGAUUCCAUGCGGUAGCGAAUCGUUUUGCAUAUCCGCUCUCGCCAUUCGAACAGGCGCAAAGAACUUUACAAUACGAGCUGCUAUGAGCAACGAGGAUAACUCUCGAAUCUGGAUCGAUGGAAAACUGACUUCGGCGACACAUGCGUCUCUGGAUGCGGGCUUCCUGUACUACACAACCUCACCACAGGAAUACCAAAUCACCAAUAACAAAAACUUGGGUGAGCUUACCUCAUUACGCGUCAAGACAUGGCGGAAGUACCUCUCUUUCGAGCUGAUCACGGAGUCGAGGCUCUGCAUGACAAGUUCCGGUCUGUGUGGGUCAUGCGACGGCAACGUGAAUAACGAAUUUAGUAACACCACUCUCCCCUCCCUCAGUAUGGAACACGCCACUGAGAGACUCAUCAUACGCCAACUAAGCGAAUAUUGGCGAGUUAGCGCUGAGAAUUCCAUGUUCAUUUUCGGAUCUUCUGCGUUUCACGAAAGACUAUCAAUAACGACAAUGGGUUACUGUCUUCAAUUCAACGGCACUGUGGCCAGUGCGCAUGCGCUUAGUGUUAGCUUCAAUGCCUCCGCGGAUGUGACCCUCCAAGUGUUCGUCCGGGUGGAGUCGCACGGGGGAACAUUGCUGUCUUAUGCGACCUCGCAGACCUUUGCUGUUGUGAAUGGAAAAACUGUAGUUGUGUAUGUCGAGGAGACUGGGUAUGACACUGGCGAAUCGCUGCUGCUUGGGGACUGGUACCAGAUAUCCAUUAGCUACCGUAGAUCCACAGGAAUUCUCACAUACCAUCAGAUGAACACCACAGGUGUCUUAUAUACCAGACAGUUCUACAUUGGCCCUAACCAUCUGCCACCGGGUGGAGACUUGUGGCUUGGAAAAUGGCAGAUUACAAGGGUUCACGUGACUGGUGUACCACUUCAACCUUUCGUCGGAAGUCUGGACAAUGUGAGAAUCUGGCACGUGGUACUUAACGCCGUGGAAAUACAACAGAGCUUCCAACUUUACCUUAGAAAACGACUUGGUGACUUGGCAUCCCUGUGGUUAUUUGAUGAAGGAGAAGGGAGAAUUUCGAGUAAUAUCAGAAGCGACGCUUCAAAUUUUGUAUUACCUGAGGCGUCAGCUCGUAGACCAGCGUGGAGAUUCUCCUACGCUGUAAACAUAAACCCGCAAAUGACGACCGGUUUAACUGUCAACUUUUUGAACUGGACUCUUGAGUUAGCAGCGCAUCAGGCUUGUACUGGACUUAUAUACAACGCCAAGAUCUCCUCCCAAUGUGGGACACGCCUAUCAAGAGCACAUGUGCAGUUCUACUACCAAGCAUGUCUGCGUGACGUCAUGACUGCUCAGAAUACAGACGUGGCUUUCAUAUCCACCACAGUCUACGCAGAGUACUGCAGAAUAGCGCUCAAACUACCGACCUCCCCGAUCAAUAACCUCUGCCAUACGUCACCUUACGGCUCAAACUGGAUAGGACCUGGAUGUAACAUCUCGUGUGUGUUUGGUAAAGCGGAUGGCGAUGGAUCUGAGGUCUGUAAGUGUGACUCUGGUUACUGGGGUGCUGCAUGCUCGCGUGAGUGUCCGGGAGGCGCACUGAGCCCUUGUCACCGGCACGGGCAGUGUGACACGAGAUCUGGGGCAUGCGCCUGCGAUCUCAACUGGCGAGGUGACGCCGCGUGCGGCUCUUGCACACCAGGAUGGACCGGAAGUGAAUGCUCCGUAGCAGUAGCCAAUCACAUACUACCUUCCUGCUCCUUUUUCAGUGGAGGGCACUAUACGAGCUUUGAUGGUGCGCAUUUUAACUUCUUCGGCGUGGGCGAAUUCUGGUUUAUCAAGAAUGCUGAACUGAAGGCUCAAGUUCGACAGAUACCUUGCCUUAAUGGCCGCUCAAGAUGUACAAAUGCGAUCGCCUUUGCUUAUAGAAACUCAUGGAAGGUUUCUCUUCACACACCGCAUGCUGAAACAGACCCACUCAAAGCUCGAGUCAACGACAAACUACUCGAGUUUCCUGCAACUCGCCUAGACAUAGCCGAAGGUGUGUAUGUAGAGUAUGCCUCAUCGCAGACCUACACCCUACUCGCUCCGUCCAUCGGGCUCGACUUCCAGAUCAGGGUCGUCAACACGAGGUUACUAGUGACAGGGAGAGUGAAAAAGUCCCUUUGCACCAGCACUGUGGCUAUUUGCGGAGACUGCGAUGGCAGUCAGGAAGAUGACCAAACAGUCAUCUCCACUCAAGACUUAGCGGCUAUCUGGGGAGUUUCAGCGGCUGACAGCUUGUUCGUGUACGGCACAGAUUCCUAUGAAGAAACUAGAGAGGUGACAGGUGCAGAGUACGGGAUGAAGUUCAGCAGGGCGGGUAUCGCAACCGAUCUUUUGCCGGAAGUAUUCACAAGCGAUUACGUAACCAUCGAGCUGUUAUUUGACGAUCACGGCGGCGGAGCUAUAGUGACGUACAGUGAGUCUACAGCAAUGACUGUUUACAUAGACGUUUCUUUGAAAAUCAGGACUGGCUUUGAUGUGUGGGACUCUGAGAUUGUACCGGACAAAGCGAAGUGGAACCAGCUGACUAUAGUCUACCAUCGAGUCACAGGCGCUUUGACAUUCUACCAUAUCAAUGCGCAAGGAACAAUUACCCACAAGACUACGACCAUUGCGAAAGGUCUAUUCAUUUCCCAGAGUACCCUUGUGGUCGGGCAGUGGAUACCAGGCUCCAUGGACGGCACGGUCUCAGGCUUGCAAGGCUUCAUGGGAUAUGUUGAUGAAGUUCGGUUCUGGAACAGAGAGUUCGCUAUAGCGGAUGUCAGGGCGAGUUGGACCGCUAACAUCCAAGUGCAGGCGUCUUAUCUUGCCAUAUUGUGGAAAUUCAAUGAAGGAAGUGGUACUGUUGUCCACGAUGUCCAAUCUGGUUUGCACUUAUACAUAACGACUUUAGAGAGCCCCCCCUUAUGGGUCUACAGCCGCGCUAGUGUGAGGAUCAUCGCGCUUUCAAACGACAUUCUCUUUUCUAAUGUUACCUUAAAGCCGUUAGCAGAACAAUGGUGUCAUAAUCACGUGAUCAAUUCACCGGUCGGGCUGGCUUGCGGGGGCUUUGGUGCCGGAAGCUCUGCGUAUUAUUACCGCGCAUGUUUGCGAGUCAUUGCAAGCUACCAAUCAGUAUCCAUUGGGCUGGAGACAGUGCUGUCAUUCUCAGACACGUGCCAAGUGUCCUUGAAUCUCACCAUCUGGCCCGCAAGGCAAAUGUGCAACUACGAAAUAUUUCGUAAUUCAAGGUACAUGACUUACAUCGGAACGAACUGCGAAGUUCCAUGUUUCCAUGGUUACCGAUCUGCGGGAUCUAUCAUAAAAUGCAUAUGUGACUCUUCAUUCUGGGGACUCGACUGCGCACGCGCGUGUCCGGGAGGCCCAUUUAACCAAUGUUUCGGACAGGGCACUUGUACGUCGAGUACCGGAUCCUGUGCUUGCAAUUUCCGGUGGCGAGGAUCACGUGACUGUCGCACAUGCACUUCCGGUUACUACGGGACCGACUGUUCCAUUGCAGCGACAUCGAGGGGACCUGGAACUACCAUAGCAUCGGUAUCAGGUUCCGGACAUUUCGUCACGUUUGAUGGCAUCAAGGUUGACGUCACUUCCGCCGGAGAGUUUUACGCAUAUGUUUCUAGCCGUCUUGGUGUGAGCGUCCAAAUACGUCAGCUACGAAAAGGGGGGUAUAGCGCUGCGAGGUGCAUAUCUGUGCGGGUUUCUUCGUAUAACAUCGCUAUUCAUAGUGGCUAUGGUGUCCAGAGCAGGGUCUUUGUCUCGCUUAAUGACAUUGAAUUGAGCUCGAAGGCAAGGAUUGCGCUUGGUGCAUCUGGAUUCGUUUUCACACGAGAAUCAUACGGUACUUAUGUCAUCAUGGGACCUGAAAACUUCCAUCUCAUCAUCUACCAUCGCUGGUCUCAUCUUGACGUUACCAUGACGAUGGACAAGACUGCUUGCUAUGACGCGUGCGGGCUCCUGGGGCAGUGUGGAGAGUAUGUCAACCCCAAUUGCACCUUUGGAGGAAUCCGUGCCACCUAUAACAUCUCUCUCAUGAGACAAUCCACUGUCCAGGAAUUCGUGCGCAAAUGGACGGUUCCUGGGAAUGAGAGUGGUUUUAGGGACGUGUUGACUAUAGCUGGUGAAAAUACGACGAUUACAUCCGCCGGAAGCUGCCUGUAUUUCAACAAAACGGGAAUUGUAACUGCCCCCCUGCUGGGGACUUUUUCCAAAACUUACGUCACCAUACAAUUCUAUGUAAAGGCUAAGGACACGAUACGAUAUGGUGGGACUAUUAUAUCGUUUGCUCUGAAUCACACCUUUGCUGUGACAGUGAAUGGUACGAUCAGUAUUCGCUAUGGCGCUCAUGUCUACGAGACAGGACUCCGACUAGAAACUAUGGAAUGGAAUCAGGUAUCUCUAGUGUUCAGUCGAGUUACUGGACGGCUAGAAAUCUACGUAAUAUCAUCAGUCGGUGUGAUAAGGCUUCGAGUUCUACAAAUCGGUAUUGACGCAUUUUUACCAGGAAGUACCAUGGGUGUGGCUGUGUAUCAGGUGACUUCCGUGUCUAUCUCCAUACCCGGGUUCAUUGGGUGGAUUGAUGAGAUCGCUGUCUGGAAUAAACGCUUCGACGCUGUCAUGGUGCAGCAGCAUUGGCAUCUGAGCAUCACUGCUGAGAUUCCUGGACUGUCUGCUCUCUGGAAAUUCGACAAAGGCGAAGGUUACGUUGCCAUAGCAACUGUAGGUAAUGUCAAUAUCCAGUUGCCCCGCCCACCCUGGAAAAGUCCUUCCUGGACUCUUUCUGGUAUCGACCUGGACGUUAGCGCCAAUGUCAAGGCUGUCUUUGCAAAUGAGACUGUCGAGGAGUCUGCAAAAACGAUGUGUGAAAAGAUCUUUCUCGCAGGACCUUUCAGCGACCAGUGCGCAAACGCCACUGAAAAUGCCGACUAUUACUACGAGAGUUGUCUCCUAGAUAUAGCCCAAUCAUCAUCACUAAACUCCGCCAUAGAAUCAACUGUAGCGAUGUCAAGCGAAUGCCAGGCAGCCUUGAACCUGUCAGCUUUACCAGGGCAACGUCUCUGUAAUGUGUUUCCGGAUGGUCGUUAUGACGACUGGGUUGGCAAGAGCUGCACGGAGAGGUGUGUAUUCGGUCAGUACAAUGGACGAUGCCAGUGUGAUUAUGGAUAUUGGGGACGGAACUGCUCUAGGGAGUGCCCAGGAAGUGCGUUAAACCCCUGUUACGGCCAUGGGCAGUGUGAGAUAGAUACUGGCAAGUGCAUAUGCGAGGCUAAUUGGAGAGGAGACGAGCUGUGUUCAUCUUGCACUGAGGGAUGGAUAGGAAGGUCGUGCUCCGUCGCUUUUACUAAACCGGAACUGAAUGCCACUUCUACGGCGAUUUGUGCACUCAUGGAAAACGGUGAUGUCAUAGGCUUUGACAGAUCGAUGUACACUUUUACAAGCGUUGGAGAAUUCCUGCUAAUAAAAUCAUCUGCAGUUACUGUCCAAGUUAGACAAGUUGUUUGCAGAACGAGCUCUGUAUGUUUGAAUGCGAUGGGUUUGAGAUAUCGAGGUUUUGAGUUUGCUGUUCACGCCCCGUACGAUGUGAAUGAUGAUCCAUUGUUCUAUGGCGAUGGUGCUGUUAUCCAAUUAGGAAGUACGUCCACACAGGCGCUUCUUCAGCAAGUGGGAGUCUUUGUGUCCUUCGUUUCAACUACAUCCUACAAGAUCACCAUCAGUGAUCUCCUCAGUAUCAAGAUUUCGAUCUAUGGACGCUUCAUAGGGCUUUCUGUUCUGUCCUCUGAGCGUCACUGUAAAUUAUUUGAAGGGCUUUGCGGACAGUGUGGCACUGCAGGUAACAAAACAAUAUUGUCAGUACUCGAAGGCGUCGGAAAAGUCAAUGGGACACAGCAAGUUGAUGAUUUUAUUGAAAAGAAGCUUGUAGUUAAAGAGAAGUCAAUGAUUGUGAUCGACAUUAAGAACCAUAAGGAAUAUCGCAUUAUCUAUGGAGGAAUUUACAACUUGUACUUCCGGUUUUCCGCAGUAGUCUCACACAAAGUAACGCAAGUAUUUGUCACAGACAGAAUAACGUUGCAGCUCCUAAUAAGAUCAUGCCACCCUAUGAUAUGCGGUGGCGUCAUCAUAUCAUACGCUACUCACGUCACAUUCUACAUCAGCAAUCACGUGACCGUCUCGGUUGGUAUAGGAACAGACGUGUACGACACGGGGUUCCGCAUAGAAGACAACAAGUGGAACAUGAUAUCUGUUGUCUUUAUUCGCAGCACUCUAGAAAUGUUUGUUUACUUUACAAACUCUUAUGGUGUGGUCCAAGUCAAGCUGUUUGUAGUAAAGUUCGACCCUUUUUUUGAUGGUGGGACGUUUGCUGUCGGGCUGUGGCAACCCUCGUCAGGUUCGUAUGGAGCUCGCGUAAGUCACGUGUUUACAGGAGACCUGGAUGAGCUGAGGGUAUGGAAGAGGGCUCUCGAUUACGAGGCUGUGAAGCAGAGUUGGCCUGCGAACGUGCAACCAGAUGGAAACCUGUUAUCAGGAUUAUGGAAGUUCAACAACGGUGAUGGAACUACAGCAAAGGAUCUUAUCGCAGCAAACGACCUAAUAUUCCCUUCUUACCCACUGGGUCCACCGGAAUGGAGGUCCUCUGACGCGCCCAUCGACUUUGUACCUGUUCAAAACCCUAACGAUAACAACGUCACGCUGAUAGCAAACGCCGAGGAAGCUUGUGUUCGGCUUAUUUUAAGUGGUCCUUUGUUUAAAGCAUGCUCUGAACUGGGUAACGUGACACUUCAGUUUUUCUUCCGGUCUUGUGUCAAGAGUGUCGUUACUUCCGGACUAGUAGCCCACUCAAUCGAGACGGUUAUCACAGUGUCGGAUUAUUGCCAGGAAACUUUGGUUUUGACCUUCUGGCCUGCGAGACCACUGUGUAAUGAGUUUCCAGGAAGAGAAUUUCCUAAUUGGAUUGGUAAAAACUGCUCGACGUUUUGCAAGUUCGGCAAAGCCUCAAACUCGAGUCAAGACAUCUGCGAGUGUAAGAACGGCUACUAUGGAGACAACUGCACGGGCAUUUGCCCAGGUGGACAAUCAAACGAGUGCAACCAUCACGGAAGGUGCAAUACUGCUGGUCAAUGCUUCUGUGAAAUGAACUGGCGUGGCGACGAGAACUGCACAACCUGUUCAUCCGGUUGGACCGGUAACGACUGCUCCCUAGCUAUCACGGAACCUGUUUAUACUGGUAUUGUUCCUGGGAUCGCGAGCGUGUCAGUUAGGGGACACUUCAGUACGUUUACUGGAGUAAGCUUCGUUUUGAAAGUAACAGGGGAGUUUUACCUUGUGUACAACCAUAACAUGAACGUCAUUGUACAAGUUAGACUUGUGACCUGCUUCGUGUACGAGUCAUGCAUCAACUCGAUAGCGAUCCGUAUCAAUUCAGACAACCUUGUGGUACACGGGCCCUACAAUACAGGCCAGGGGAUAGUCGUAUGGAUUAACAACCAAGUCACAGACAUUGACGUGAAUCCGCCGUCCCUAGCUAUUCACGGGUUUGAGUUUGUUCGUGUGUCAGUUAACAUUUACGAGUUUAGACACGCCCACCUGAAGCUAAGAUUAAGAGUCGAAGGCCGUUUUCUCAGUCUUAUCACAGAUUUCUCCCAAAAUAUAUGCAACGACUCAAUAGGAAUCCUCGGUAGUUGUAAUAAAAACUUUAUCACAGCGCUUGAACAAUACACUCCGACAAAUAACUGCGACGGUUAUGCCUUCAACAUCUCGGCAAGACAAGAAUAUAGGGUGGGUAAUCGAAGUGGUAGCACUAAAGACAUUAUCAAUGAACUAGUUGUAAAUCUCCGUGUGAGAUCGUGUAAAAGUCUUUUUGUUUAUUCAUACAAAGAUAUUAAGGAACACCGGGACUCUAGUGGCGGCUAUACACUUCACUUCAACCGCACUGCCACCAUAACAUCAACAUUUAUAACAAAGGCAUUCACUUCAGAGUACAACACCAUUGACCUGAUGUUCAAGAUCGAAAGACACGGAGUGAUUCUGUCUUACAGCAAACAAAGCACCUUUUAUCUUACAAGCAUUGGAGGUGUAUUCACCUUGCAUUUUGGUGAUAAUGUCUUCAGAACCAACAUGACUGCGCAACAACACGUAUGGAAUCAAAUAAGUAUGGUCUAUCAUCGCAAUGGCGGGCUUCUCCAACUCUACUUCUUUCUAAGUACCGGUCUGGUACAGAGACUAGAUAUUGAUGUGUCGGUGUCGGUAGAUUUGUUCCCAUCGGGCGGCUACCUCAGCUUGUCUGGCUGGAUACCACCGCUGGACGGCAGUGGGGUACAACCUGUAGAUGUCUUUGUCGGUUCUAUUGACCAGGUACGGAUCUGGACACGCUACUUCCAUCCCGCACUUAUCCAGCAAAUCUGGAAGCGCAGUGUCCUGGUAAAGACCACAGAUCUGGCGCAUGCGUGGAGAUUCAACGAAGGCGAGGGUGCCGUUGCCAUCGACACUGUGGGUGAUAUUGAGAUGGAACUGGCCUCAUCGCCUUGGCUGGUACCAAGCUGGGAGUUCUCGGAUGCUGACAUGAAUGAACCGUUCUUUAAUACUACACCAACUUAUGAAUUCGCCAAUGAAUCCUUAAGGAAUGAAUCGGAGAGAUUUUGCAAAGAAGUGUUGCUUACUGGACCAGUCUUCUCUUCGUGCGCCGGACUUGGGCAAGGGGUUCUCAUGUUCUAUUAUAGAUCCUGUAUCCAACGUAUCGCCUCUACAGGAGCGAUAUGUGCGUCCCUUGAAGUCGUAGUAACUCUUUCAGACUACUGCCAGUCGGUUCUAGGCCUCGCAACUUGGCCUGCUCAGCCUCUAUGCAAUGCGUUCCCUGGGACUGAGUUCCCUAUUUGGUAUGGCCCAGAGUGUUUGCGUCAGUGUUUUUAUGGUAACAAGAUGCUACCAAGCUCGUGUGUUUGUCACCAUGGCUACUGGGGCACGGACUGUUCCAUGGUUUGUCCUGGAGGUGCGGCUAACCCGUGUAGUAACCACGGACUGUGCAAUCCUCUCACUGGGGAAUGUCUAUGCGAACGUAACUGGAGAGGGAAGGCGGACUGCAGUGUUUGUUCAACGGGCUGGAUCGGACAAGACUGCUCUAUCGCUACAGCGUUGCUACCCCCAAGUGUUUUUUCCAUCGCUGUUUUCUCCUCAUCUGGUCGUUACACUACCUUCGAUGGAUAUAGCUUCACCUUGAUAGCAAUAGGGGAGUUUUACAUCAUGCAUGUUACCUCGCAGAGAUUUACUUUCCAAGUGCGGCACGUCCCUUGCUACAUGCAGUCCAUCUGUAUCAAUUCAUUUGCAAUGCGGGUCUCCAACACAGUGCUGUCAUUCCACGGUCCGUAUCAUUCCGGAGCCGCACCUGUUAUCUGGAUUGACAAUGAAAUUCUCCAGCUGAGCGGAUACGAAACAGUAAUUGGCCAAAAACAUCUAAAGCUGUCAAUCAGGCCAUUGUCAUGCGAUAUGUACGCCAUUAAAUGGGAAGAUCGAUUCUCGCUAUAUGUUAGGGUCUAUGGGAGAUAUCUUGGCUUCAAAGUGGACGUAGACAAGGAUCUGUGUGUGAAUUCUACUGGACUGCUCGGCUCCUGUGAUGGUGAUCCAGCAAAUGACGUAACAUCAUCGCCUAAUGUCACACAAGGUUUGAUUAACCAGCAAGGACAGGCCCAGCUAGUGUCUGAUAACGAUUCUCUUAUCGUCCUGAAUCAUGAGAUCUUUAUCGAGACUCGAAUUCCGUUUGCUGGCAUGUACGCACUGCUGUUCAACAAUACUGGAGCAUCGACAGGCCAAUUACUUAAGACCUUUCCUGUUAAUGUUGACUUGACCAUUGAGAUUCUUGUGAAGCCUCUGCGCUUAGGAGGGACGUUCAUCUCGUACUCACACCUCAAGACCUUUGCAUUAGUUAUUGAUACUACGUAUAAGAUCUAUCACGGGACUGAUAUCAUCGAUACUAGACUCAAAGUGCACGUGGGAACCUGGAGUCACAUUUCACUUGUCUGGUAUCACAGGACACAUGUUCUGGUCUUCUACUGUUUUGAGUUUAAUGGGAGUAUCCAGCGAAGGGAAUAUAAGUUGGCAAGUAACCCGUUUAUCCAGGGUGGCGUUCUAUCUCUGGGUCAGUGGGGACUAUCGCCUGGCGAUACAGAAGCAGUGAUAAAUGACGCCUUUACUGGGAUCAUUGACGAGCUGAGGGUUUGGCUAAAGGCGUUUAAUCCUGUCCUCGUCCAGCAGAAUAUCCACAUGAACGUACUUCCAAGUCACCCAGGCCUGACAGGGCUAUGGAAACUUAACGAAGGGGAAGGCGAAACAAUACAUAACCUUGUCUCUGAUGAGCAUAUCUAUGUACCGAGAUCACCAUGGCAACAGCCAGUAUGGGUCUACUCAGACGCCAAAGUGAACACCAACAUAACAGAAACGGCUUUCACCCCAGAAGGGACCCAGGCAGCUAUCGAUGAGGCGAAAGCGUUCUGCUACGAAAUAUUCUUCAAAAGUGCACUUAGCGACCAUUGCAAGAGCUUACACGCAGAGCUAGAUUUCUACUCCUUGGUUUGUGUCGAGGACGUUGUGAGAGCAGGGGAUGUAUCCGUUUCCCUGGUUGCAAUAGUGACGUUUGCUGAUCACUGUAAAGCUACACUUUCCUUAUCGUUCUGGCCCGCCCAGAAGCUGUGUAAUUCAAUUCCCGGUGCUCUGUUUCCAAUAUGGAUCGGCGAUAGCUGCGAUGUACGCUGUGUCUUUGGGAGACCCCACAAGUCUAACCGCAACAUGUGCGUCUGUAAUCGCGGGUAUUGGAAGAAAGACUGCUCAAUGUUGUGUCCGGGAGGUAUCCAAACUCCCUGUGGUAACAAUGGCCGGUGUGACCUGGGCAGCGGUAAAUGCAUAUGCGCUAUCAAUUGGGACGGCGAUGCAAACUGUACGUCUUGUUCUCAAGGUUGGUACGGCCAUCAAUGCCAGUACGCUGUAAUUCCACCAACAGCAUCACUGUCGGUCGCUUCUUCGUAUAUAACUGGAGCCGGCUACUUUAGAUCGUUCAUCGGAGUCGCAUUCACGUACCAAGUACACGGUGAAUUCUACCUUUUGCGAACACACCAAGAUAAUUUUGCAUUACAAAUUCGACAAAGCAGCUGUAUCUUACAGAACACGUUCAUUCCUCUUUGCACUACUGGAUUUGCCUUGUCGUAUCGUCACGUCAGAAUCUCCAUUCGCGCACCGGUAACGAGCACACCACGAACGCAAAUCUUAGCGCCUCUGAUAUGGCUAAACGGACGGCUCAUCCGUGUAAACCACGUGACUCGACUAGCACUUGGACUUACCAUGGUGCGCAUUUCCAGUAUGACGUAUCACAUUACAGGACCACGUGAUAUCCGGUUUAUCAUCACCGUCAGCCAAAGCCUGAGUGUCGUGGUUCAUAUACCAAGAGAAUACUGUUUGAACGCUUCAGGGCUGCUUGGGUCUUGCAACGACGAGAUUGCCAACAACACGAGGACUAUCGAACAACAUGUAAAUGGACUCUUGUCUGGUUCAAGUGUUCCGAAAUCACAGACGCUUUUCAUUUAUGAGUACUUGGGGUAUUUUGAACAUCGUGUUAUUACCGGUGGUGGAUUUUGCCUGGGUUUUACUGACAGUUUCCUCAUCUCAAGACGCUUUUACCUCCCCCGUGUCAACACCAUAACAGUAGAGUUCCUUAUAAAGAUACGUACUUAUGGUGGGACAAUAUUCUCUUACGCCGGACCAAACACAUUUGCCGUUCUCUCCGCUGAGACUCUGCGGAUCUUCUAUCGUGGACAGAUACUGGACACUACGCUCACCCUUGAAAUUAACCACUGGGUGCAGAUCACGCUGGUGUUUGAUCAGUUCAUCGGGACAUUACAGGUGUAUUACGUGGACUCUGUUGGUAAGCUUGCUAUACGUGUAUACAAACUGGAUACCGAGGUGUUCGCUCAGGGAGGAGUACUCGCUAUAGGACAGUGGCUGUCAUCUGAAGGACAUGAUGUGCCAUCCACUUCAACGUUUGAGGGAGAGAUUGAUGAAUUAAGGAUCUGGAACAGAAGACACAACGCGGCGAUUGUCAAACAGAACUUAAGGCUUAACGUGAGAAAGGAAGACUACCCUGAUUUGUUACACCUGUGGAAGAUGAAUCACGUCGAGGGUGACGUGGCCGUGGACGAUGUUGGGAACGAAGAUUUGUACCUGAAAAAGUUCCACAAACCAAAACGUGUGUUUUCGGACGCCAAUAUACCGAUGCGCAAUGAAGAUAUUGUCUCAUCAGCAAACGCGACAGACAAGUACGAGCCAUUCUGCUUCAUGCUUAUUCUACAAGGGCCUCUGUUCGAUAAAUGCAAGGCCAUCGGGCUUACAUUAGCACAAACGUACUAUAACAUUUGCUUACAUGACAUAAUUCAAUCAGAAAACCAACAGUUUGCUAUAUAUGCAGUGAUUUCCUACGCUGAUUUCUGCCAAGAGUUUCUUAACUUAACAGUGUGGCCUGCACGUGAAUUAUGCCGCUAUUUCCAAACACAGAGCUUCCCAUACUGGGUAGGCUCCAGGUGCAACACUCCUUGCGUGUUUGGGUACCCUGUGGUGCAAACAAAUGGGACGAAUACUACAAGCGACAAAAUCUGCGAAUGCGAGCAGGGUUACUGGGGCGAGGACUGUGGUAAGCUUUGCAAGGGAGGAAUUUGGAAUGUUUGUAAUGGCCACGGAACUUGCAAUAGAUGGACUGGGGAUUGUCUGUGUGACCUGAAAUGGAAUCGAACGACCAACAGCACCCAAGAUCCUACGCAUUCAUUGCCUUGUAAAAAGUGUUCAGAAGGCUGGGUCGGUACCGAAUGUGCUAUUGCAGUAGAGAAAUACAUCCAGGAGACUGAUAAACCCGGGAUGUCCAUCACCUUCGGUGAUCCGCACUUCACAACAGUCACGGGAGUUAACUUCAAUUUCGAGAUACCAGGAGCAUUUGUGCUGUUGAAUACCAGUAAUGUAAUGGUGCAGGUACUACAGACGCCGUGUAAUAAUAGGGUCUCAUGCCGCAGAAUCGCCGAGAUUGCUAUCCGAACCUCAACAUUUGACAUAAAUGUUAAAUACACAGACCUAAAGAGUCUCCAAACAAGGCUAAUACUUUUGCCUUCGAAUGAAACAUCGGAGUUAAAGAGGACUAGUAAACAAACUGUGAUCGCAGGUUCGAAAUCUUCCAAGUACCGCUGGCUUACCCCGGAAAUCCUUGAAGUGGAAGUCCAUAAAAGUAUGAAAAUGAGCAUAUUGAUGUAUAACGGAACAAUUGGAACUGGAAUUGAAAUGGAACGAUUGGAGCGAGACGGGACGCGCGGUUUGUGUGGCGAGGUGACAGGGACAUGGAUAAAGAGUCAUAAUGGGACCAACACAUCGCUGAGUCAGCACUUCCUUGAUGAGAUUCUUUCUUCAAAGCUUCUUGUUCGGCCUAAGGAUAACAUACUGACGGGGGAUCCCACACAGCACCAUUUUAGCGGAGCUGGCUACAUGGUCGUGUUCAAUGGCAGCCAACUUGUGUUUCCUGUGAAUUCAAGUAUUCCUGUGCUGGAAGAGUUUACCAUUGAAGUCUGGGCGUGUCUCGUUAACUCAAUCGCAUCGCAAAGACUCUGCUCUCUAGCGAAACCAGAAAGAAUACAUGGGAAUAUUAUAGUAGCAAAUCAUGAUAUUUUCUCGAUAUCUACGACACAAGGAAAGUUCGCACUUCUAUACUCAGAAGGAGUAAUACUUCUCUGGAAUGAGGAUACUAUCAAUACUAAUGUCACUAUGGCCGAGGGAGUCUGGACACACCUGGCUGUCACAUGGCGAUCACAUGACGGUCGCGUGCAGUUCUACACAAGUUUUGCCAAUGAUUCUAACUCGUCACGCGUCACGCACUCUUCAACAUCAUACGGGAUACACCUCGGGUUGAAAUUCGAUCCAGAUGGAUUCCUGGUCAUCGGGCGGUUCUUGAUCGACAAGGACGCUGUUGGUUAUGGUCUGAUUGGAGCGCUUGAUGAGUUCAAGAUCUGGCAAUACGCGAAAAGUUUAGACGAAAUAAUUGCGAGUCGAGGCAUGAAGCUUGACAACUACCAAGAAGGAUUAAUACUGAGUCUGCCUUUAGACGAAGGAUUUGGAGCGACAGCUGAUGCAAUGCUUUAUCAACCAAUCAACGUUAGCGUACCAAAGGUUCCAGGAAAACAGAACCAGGAAGGGAAGGUGGUGAAAUUCCAUUCUAAACCUGACAACUUUCCUGUUGCGUCACAGAUCACGUGGGCACCUUCUGGGAUUAACCUCACUCCUGUUGUUAACUACACCUUAGAGUUCAGAGACAAAGACCUAGGGAGAAAAGCUGUGGAUACAUGCAGCAAGUGGUUCUACUCAGGAAAUGUGAAGACCCUCUGCAGCGAGAAACUUGUGCCGCAGGCGCGAUUCUACUAUGACGCGUGCUUAGCAGAUAUAGCGGACUCUGGAAGCCUUGCGCAUCAUAAACUUUCCGUUAGCCUUUUUGGGCUUUACUGUCAGAAGGUUCUUGGAAUUGAGGAAUGCAAGCUUCACGGAACAUACGAUGCAUUCCCUCCUUGCAAGUCUAAGAAACCAAACGUACUUUCCGAGACAGUAAUUAUUGUCAUCACGUGCUCGGUUAGUUUGAUUCUACUGCUGCUCCUAUGUGUGAUAAUAUUGAUUUGUAAGAUAAAGAAGAAAAAGAAGAAGAACGAGGUACGGAUGCUUGAUGAGCCGGAAGCACUGCGGCAGUACGAGUUGAAGUAUGCCACCGGCGAGGAGACACACGAGAUGGAGCACUUUUACUAUAAUGGCGGCGGUGACGAGUCUGAUGAGCCCUCCUUCAACUGCCCAACGACAAAUACUGAGGAUGAACACGGUGUGACAGGCGCUGAGGUGUUUCUGCCACAACGGGCUACCAGAAAGAAAUCACGAAAAAGCUCGUCCUCAUCAAGUAAGGGAGAUCCUACAAAACCAAGCAAGAAGCCUAGUUUUUCGAGCUUUUCCAAACCAGAAAACCAGGACAGCCUAACCAAAGAUGAAGACGAUAAUCCAUUUGUGGGGAUCGCUCCUUCGCCGCUUAAACCCAAAGGACGAAAGAAACGGAUGGUAUCAUCGGAUGUGUCCUGGGGCGACAAAAAAAAGAGUUUACCGAAGUUAUCCACGUUUGAACAGGUGAGAAAGGAAGAUGUCCAUACAAAAGAAGAAGCAAAUAAGCCCACCCUUGAUACAGAUGAAGAAGAUCCAUUUAUGGCGAUUGCUGCUACCCCACAUAAUCGUCAAGGGCGAAAGAAAAGAAAGAUAUCGUCAGAGAUAUCACGGGGCGAGAAAAAAAAGAGUCUGCCGAAGACAUCCACGCAAGAGAAAGAGGACAGAAAGGAUGGCGUUCACGCAAAAAAACUUAAGGUUCAGCCAAAAGGAUUGUUGUACGGGUACGGAACAAGUUCGGACAGUGAGUCCACUAUGUGAAGAUGGCCAAACUAGAAGUCCAAAAAUUUUAAUCAAAUAGCUUAAACGUUUAACUUAUAAAUCCACGUUAUUGUAAACGCUUCAAGUUAAACUUUACCCAGGCAAAUAUAAUCCCAAUUGCAAUUAUAUUGUAAGCAUUUUUUAAGCUAUUUUAAAUCGUUCAUCCAUUCCGAUACGGUAAUUAUCAUUAAUCUAGAAAAAUAUAUAGGUAUAUGUAAAGAAAAUACUUCAUGUCAGUAGUUCGCAGCUAUGAUUUGUAAUGAAAUUUCCAAGAAUUUAUAAUAAGUUUCAUGAACACGCAAAAAGUAGAAACGCUUAGCAGACUUUAAAGAAUAUUUUAAUCACAAGCAUAAGGCUAUAGCUCAUAACAGUAAACCUUUUUUAUAUUUUAGUUUUCAUAACAAUUUGAUUAUUAUAAGUAUUUUGAUCAAUAAAUUCUAAGUAAUCAA